GUACACUGCCCCUGGCUAGGGAGGUUCUGAACAAGGAUUCAGCCAUUUUACACAAAGGGGGCAGCGGCGCCUUCUUCUCCCUUCCUGGUGGGGAACCGGGAAUAAUGAGGCGGAGGGGGAGGAAAUGAACGAGAGACUCCGAGGAGCGCUCCGGGGCCGCAGCCUGAGCGCUUCCCCAUGUCUGCGGGCCGCUCCUCCAAAGCGAAUCGGGGACCCCCCCAGUCCCUCCGACGAGAGAGGGGGGCUGUUUCGGAAGAAGGCUUCCUGGGCCGCCCGGACGAGCCGCCAACUCCCCGCCCCGCCACCCAAGCGGCGGGCGGAGGCGGAACCUUCUCGCGCGGUCCGGGCGGGCGAGGGGACGCCUUUCGGCGCCGGGCCGCCUUCCGCCUCCUCGCCGCCCGCCAUGGCGGUGGACAUCACGCUGCUGUUCAAGGCGAGCGUGAAGACGGUGAAGACCCGCAACAAGGCCCUGGGGGUCCCGCUGGGCGGCGGCAGCGACGGGCCCCGCGACGACGCCCAGGCCCUGCUCAAGCGCGGCGGGCAGCGCGCCAAAGGCGACUUCUCCAGCCGCGCCCGCGAAGUGGUGAGUGGGGCUGGCGGGGGCUGCUUCUUAUCUUGAGGCUGCGUUUGGCUAUUCGGAAGCGAAGCAGCGGCACUCUGCACAUGCUCGAAGGGCUCCUUCCUUCGCCGGUCGCCAGAGAGAGGGGUUGGAGUUCUGCUUGGGUAGGAGCUGGUGUGUUAAAAGAAAAGAAAGAGGGGUGGGAAGUACUGUAUGUUGGAGCAUAUUCUUUGCGGGUCUGAUCCUCUUGCAUUCCCCACCCAGCCAGUGGUGACAGUGUAAAGGAGGAUGGGGUGUUAAUUGUUUAUUUUUAUACCGCCUUUUUAGCCCAAUGGCCCCCAGAGUGGUGAACAACAUUAACAUAUUAUUACAAAAAAGUACAAUACUGUACAUAAAAACACAUCUAUCAAGACAAUAUAAAAUAGCGGCAAGGUUUUCAAUGGCCAACGUCGGGGUGUGUGGGGGGAGAAUAGAGCAGCUUCAAUAAGGUGCUAUAUAUCAGAAGCAGUCUGUAAAACACUCCCGACACUAGCUGUGCAACCCAAUACAUACAUGUCUGCCCAGAAGUAAACCCCACUAAAAUCAAAGGGAUUUAAGUUCAGGUAUGUGUUUAUUAUGGGAUUGCAACCUAAAGCACCUUGCAGAAUAGGAGUGGGCUUUUGGAGAGUGAAAAACUCAUACCCUUUGUGGCAAUUGUUUUUCUUCAUUGCUGAAGAAAAAGGAAACUUUUCACCUGCAACAGACUAAUGUGUUCACAAAAUAUGUAAACGUUGUACUGCAACAUUAUGAUAAUGGGCAUCUUGUUCAGUGGUUGAAUUUAAUAUCAGUGAUUUACAUCACAGUCUUAUUCAUUUCUACUUGGAAGUCCCUCAGAGUCUAUUGUGACCAACUGUAGAAUAACUGUAGAGCAGGAGUGGCCAACUCCCAAGAGAUUGCGAUCUACUCACAGAGUUAAAAACUGGCAGUGAUUACCCCAUUUUUUGUGGUGCAGGACAAAAAAAUUGAGCUUUUUUUAGGGGAGCCAAAGUUGUUGAGCUUCUUUGCAGGGAGCCAGUGAUCUACCAGUGAUCUACCACAGACGUCCAGUGAUCUACCAGUAGAUCACAAUCUACCUGUUGGACAUGCCUGCUGUAGAGUACAGUGGUACCUCGCAAGAUGAAUGCCUUGCAAGACAAAAAACUCGCUAGACGAAAGGGUUUUUUGUUUUUUGAGCUGCUUUGCAAGACGAUUUUCGCUAUGGGCUUGCUUUGCAAGACGGAAACGUCUUGCAAGUUUGUUUCCUUUUUCUUAAAACCGUUAAUACAGUUGCGACUUGACUUCGAGGAGCAACUCAUAGAACUCGGUGUGGUAGCCUUUUUUGAGGUUUUUAAAGACUUUGGUGCUUUUUGAAGCUUUUCCAAAACUUUUCCGACACCGUGCUUCGCAAGACGAAAAAAAUCGCAAGACGACAAAACUCACGGAACGAAUUAAUUUCGUCUUGCGAGGCACCACUGUAACUGGAUUACAGCAGAGCUUUCCAAACUGUGUGUCGCAACACAUUAGUGUGUUGGCUGUUGUAGGUGUGUCGUGCGAAUGCUCCCUGUGUUCCUCCCACGGCUAGAAAGGGGUUACUUUAACCUCCAGUUUGCUAGUAAAACUGAAUUACUGUGUCAUGAAAUGAUGCUUGUCUAAAAAGUGUGUCACCAACAUGAAAAGUUUAGAAAGCUCUGAUGUAGACUAUGUUCUGCGUUCUGUUGGAGGCAGCAGUGCUUCCGAAUGCCAGUUGCUGGAAACCACAGGAGGGGAGAGUUGCUCUUGGGCUCAUGUUCUUUUUGCAGAUUCUCCACAGGGAUAUGGUGGGCCACUGUGAGAACAGGACGCUGGACUGGAUGGGCCAUGGGCCUGAUCCAGAAGGUUCCUAUCUUCUAAUGCAGAGCUUUCCAAACUGUGGGUCAUGGCACAUUAGUGUGCUGGCUGCAGUGUGUAGGUGUGUAGCAUGAAUGCUCCCCACACUCUUUCUGGGGAUGGAAAGGGUUAGUUUAACCUCUGGCUUGCUUGUUUAGUCGUUUAGUCGUGUCCGACUCUUCGUGACCCCCUGGACCAGAGCACGCCAGGCACUUCUGUCUUCCACUGCCUCCCGCAGUUUGGUCAAACUCAUGCUGGUAGCUUUGAGAACCCUGUCCAACCAUCUUGUCCUCUGUCAUCUCCUUCUCCUUGUGCCCUCCAUCUUUCCCAACAUCAGGGUUUUUUCCAGGGAGUCUUCUCUUCUCAUGAGGUGGCCGAAGUAUUGUGUCACAAAAUGAUGCAUGUCCAAAAAGUGUGUCACCAACUUGAAAAGCCUGGUAAGCUCUGGAUUGCAGUCUUAAACUGCUCUAAAUGUAUCUGAACCAACAUGCCAAAAUGCAGGUGUCUUGGAUAAGAUCAGGCUCCAUUCUUGGAGCAUGUGCAUUUGCCUCCUUUUAUCAUGGAUAUCCCUGAUUCAGUGGCAGGUGUAAAUUGUGUGGAACAGAGCUUGCUGUCCUUGAAUACAUAUGUAUUUCUUUCAGUCUUGCCAGUGACAAGCUUAUUGGCUCCUUGCUGUCUUACUAGAGACUGUUUCCACUCCCUCUAUCCAUGGGUAGGCAAACUAAGGCCCGGGGGCCAGAUGCGGCCCAAUCGCCUUCUAAAUCCGGCCCGCGGAUGGUCCGGGAAUCAGCGUGUUUUUACAUGAGUAGAAUGUCCAUUUUAAUUUAAAAUACAUCUCUGGGUUAUUUGUGGGGCAUAGGAAUUUUUCAUUAUUAUUUUUUCAAAAUAUAGUCCGGCCCCCCCACAAGGUCAGAGGGACAGUGCAGCGGCCCCCUACUGAAAAAGUUUGCUGAUCCCUGAUACACUCCCAUAGCCUGUUUCUACUUAUGCAGUAGUAAUAGCAGCUUCUGCCCCAAUGAUAUGUGGACAUUAUCCACAUAUCAUGCACUAGAGCAAAAGGGUCAGUACAAAUGCAUUAGAAUAUACAACUAAACUGUAAUGAUUAUUUUACUACUAAUACUGUAUAUGAAUUUCUAAUGACAUCUUGUUUUAUUUUGCCUGUAGCUGUGAACCAUUAGAGCUGGGGGGGUUUCAUAGUAGCAACAGUGGGCAGCUAUUAACAUUGACUAAUGGGAAAGUGAAGUCCUAAUUAGUUCAGUUCAUAAAAACCUUUUCUUCCACAGUCCUCACCAGCACUCCAGUUUUGCUUAACUGUUAAGUGAUGCAUUUUAGUGUUCUAAUAGUUAAUGCUAACCACCAAUAUCUGUUGCUACAAAGCCUCCUUGGAAUGUGUACAUGUACCUGAGCUUACAUUUUAUUCUUCACACAAACUUCACAUCACAUCUAUAUAUAAACCCUUGGAAGGCUGUUGAUGUAUAUAAACCAGAGAAAUUAUCUCUGAAAAUAAGGGCACCUUGUUAGCCUGGUAUCUAGAAUGCUUUUUUGCAGGGGAGAGGAGAUUGCAAGUAACUUGCUUACCUCUUUUCUGAGGCGCUAUAGACUGGUAAACUAUAUGUUUGUAUGCAGAGAGCCCCAUGUUUAAUCCUUGGCAUCUCCAGGUGGAUGAAUCUCCUGUAGGGGUUGGGCUCUGGAAGACCCGAAACCUUGUAGAGUUGCAGCUAGCUGUAGUAGAAAGUACUAGGCUAGAUGUACUAGGAAGUACUGGGACUGAUUCAUCUGUUCUGAGCUGUAUGGUGAUCUUGUAAAAUAGUUGAAAUGUACAGCCUUAUGAAGUGAUACCCAAGCGCUAAACUACUGGACAUUAGGUAGUUCUGAUUAAAGUGGUCAUUUGCUGCCAGAGUUGGUGUUGCAAUAAAAUAAAGUGAAGAGUUUACUGCAGCUAUAAACUCAACUUGAUUAUGUAGACAGAGGAUUCACUCAAUUUUUUAUUCUUCCUUUUUUUUUUUUUUGGUUAUAUUUGUGCCACUGCUUCUAUUACCAGGCAGUAAAACUUGUAAAUGUAAAACAAAGUUGAACGACAUUUAAAGAUCAUCCUGUAUUUCAGUGCUAGAGGGCUCUCAAUUGUUGACUGACUACAAUUGAGAAAAUUAGUCAGGUUCCUACCAGAGUUAUCAUAGCAUAAUUUUACCUCCUGUAAAUUUGCUCUCAAACAUUACCAGCUUUCAAAUGGCAUGGGAAGAGACUUUGCCGCCUCUAUGUCAGGUUUCUGUGCCUGAUGCUUGCCUCGCGUAGGAACACAGGAAGGGGUGCACUUUUCCACCACUGCCUGUUGUGUUGGGUUCUAUGCUGUACAUGCAGGAGUGAGAUAUGCCUCCUCUACAUCCAGCACAGAAAGGCAGUGAGAUGGAAGUGGAGGGACAGAAUGAUUUGUCCCUUUGCUGCCAGCUUGCUUGGUUUCUGUGUGGACAGCGAGAAGGCAAAAUGCCCCCCCUCCGUGGCUAGCAUAGAAACACAGUUGGUUGCCGGGGGGGGGGGUGAGUUGAGCGCUCCAAACCUCUUCUGGCAACUUCCUUGCUUGCCUGGAUGCGGUUCUUAGUUGCCUGUGGCGACCAGGCAAGUGGUUAAAACAAUGAUGGGGUAAACCAGAAACACUGUCUAUUGCAGCAUGCUUUGCAUUUACAAAGUUUAUUUUAAUUGGUGACCGUUAUAAUUAAGAGCAGGGGAAAGAGAACAUGCACGUCUGCAGCGUAGGUUAAGUGUUAAUCAACUCUGCAGUUUAGAGAAAUUCAUCUUGGACAUUAGGAACUUAAAAUGGUUUCAUCUUUCAGUUUGCUUUUAAUGAGAAGCUAGCUCUUUUAAAUCGGGCUCAUAGCUGAGGUUAUAGGACAACUAGUUCUUCCUCAUGUAACAAUUUAAAUAGAAACUCAUUGAUACUAGUAUAUACAGUAUUAUACUUAUAGUUUAUACAGUAUUACCGUAUAUUUACACGCAUCUAUUUUAAAUAUUGAACUAAUUCCCAGAUCAUGUAGCACAAGUUUUAUUUUUGCAGAAAAAUAGCAAAUAAACAAUAUGAAAAGUUAUGUUUAUGUCAGAAACUAAUUUAAAACUAAAGAGCAUGCCUUAUUUAAUAGUAGAUUAAGUUCCAGACCAGUUAAUAGUCCCUUGGGGAGUGCAUCUGAAGUCAGCCAAGUAGGAUGUGUGUACAGGACAAGCAGUUCGAAAUGCUAAGUUUAGUCUAGUAAUAUAUCUAUCUCUAUCUCUAUCUCUAUUUCUAUCUGUAUAUAACAAGUAGCAUUGAUAUAUAAAAAGUGAGGUUUGGAUAAGCAGGGUUGCUGUAGCUAUGAGCUGCCUCUCUGAGGUGACAUUUACCAGUUUAUCUCUCACAGGUUAAAUAGUAUGUUGCUGAACACUGAUACCAAGAGGCUAAGGAUUUUUAUAUGCCUCUUUUCUAAAAUAUGUGCCAUGUAGACAAAAUUUUAUUUGUUUGUUUAUUACACUUAAUGUGAAUAAUUGUACAAACAAUAUGAAUACACUACAAAUGUAAACUACUUUUAAUCCCAUUCAGUUGUCACAGCUCCCAGACUUCUUCUUUCCAUGAUUGGAUAACUCCCCACUGCCUUUUUUGUUUAUAUUGGUCUGAGUAAGAGGCAGAAUAGUGACAGAAUGAAAACUUGUUGAAUGUUAACUAGAUUCGCCUUCUGUGUUUGUUCUUUCGCAGUUUUGGUAUUGUAAUAAAUAUAGGGGUUGCUCGUGCGUAAGUUGGUGCCACUCCUGGCUAGGUUGCCUUGUUAAACCUUUUCUGUCUGGACAGCCCUUCACUUCGUGGCUGUUUCAGUCGCUAGCAGAAUCCGUCAGUGGGCGUUUCUUAAACCUUUUCCAGCAUAAAAGCUGUUUGACGCCAAGUCUCCUCCUACUCUCCCUGCGCGGAAGUCUUCUGCGUAGGGAGGGUGUGGGUAGCAGAGGACCCGUACUCUCCCCGCUGGUCUCCGGCGAGGAGUCCUGGAGCCCCCUCGCCGAUUCCCCCAUCUCCCUGGUGUUACGCUGAUUUCCUUCCCCAGCUGAUGAGCUGCCUCUCUCCCUGCUGGGCCCUUCUCCAGCAUCGCUUGGGAGCCUUGCCUCCACCUCUAGCUCCAAUGUCAGUUCCCUGACAUCCACCUCCCCCCCAGGACCCCCUCCCCCCCCGGACCGACCUUUUGAUCCAACUUUGUCCCUUUCCUCGGCCGACGAUGCGGGAAAUCCCCGGAAGGAGCUGUCGCCAUCCUCUGAGGAUUCAAAACCCGCUCCCCACCCGCUCCGAUCUCUCCCCGCGGGGUGGGCCUCCCAGUCUGAUUCUUCUUCCUCCGAAGCCUCUCCUCCCUCCUCUUCGGAGGCAGAAAAACCCACAAAAUCCUCUUCAUCGUCUGUGGUUCCAAAUUGCUCCUCCCAGAAUCUCGCUAGUGGUUUUGGUUUGUCCGGGAACAGGCUGUGGAAUUCCUCCACAAGAUACCCGUCAUUGAUUGCCUCCGCGGGAACCCACGUGUUUUCCGACCCGGGUUCUCCCUCCCAAGCUACCAAAUACUCCACCUGGCGCCCUCGCCACCAUGAAUCGAGUAUUUCCGUGGCCAGGUUGUGGUGUUCCCUCUCCUCUAUCUGCGGGUGUGUGGUGACUUCUCCCUCUCGCCCCGGGAAUUCCCGCCCCUCCCUGUACGGUGAGAGUAGGGACCUAUGGAACACCGGGUGUAUCUUCAUGCUGUCAGGCAACUUGAGCUUGAAUGCCACGGGGUUCACCUGCUGUGUUACCUCAAACGGUCCCAGCCGCCUUGGCUGCAACUUCUUGCACCCCCCCUUAAAAGGUAACCCUUGAGUUGACAACCACACCCGGUCCCCCAACCGUAUGGUCUCCCCUUCCCUACAGUGCUUGUCUGCCUGCCUCUUGUAAAUUUCCUUGGCCCGUUCUAAGUUCAUCUUAAGUUGCUGGUGCAGGGCCUCCAUUUCUUCCACAAACUGCUCUGCCGCAGGUACACUCCACCCUUCCUCCCCACUCCCCGGGAAGGCCCUGGGGUGACACCCAUAAUUGGCCAUGAACGGGCUCAUUCCCGUGGACACAUGUUCAGCGUUAUUGUACGCAAAUUCAGCCAGCGCUAGUUUCUCUACCCAAUCGUUCUGCCUCUCGCUGACGUAGCAGCGUAGGUAUUGCUGGAGUAUACUGUUCGCUCUUUCUGCUUGUCCGUUGGUUUCCGGAUGUCUCGCCGUCAAGAAGCUCACCUCUACCUGCAGCAAGCUCAUGCGCUUCCUCCAGAACCGGGAAGUAAAUUGUUUCCCGCGAUCCGAAAUUACCCUCGAUGGAGCCCCAUGCAACCUGAAGAUGUGAUCCACAAACAACUUGGCUGUCUCCUCUGCUGUCACCGCAUGUGAGCAAGCUAUGAAAUGGCACAUCUUCGUCAGUAGAUCGACUACUAUCAUGACUGCUGUCUUCCCCUUGGACUUGGGCAAAUCUGUCAUAAAAUCAAUGGACACCACCUCCCAGGGUUUUCCCGGCGUGGGUAAGGGUUCCAGUAACCCUGCGGGGGCAGCCCUCUCCCCCUUUGCCCUUUGGCAGCGGUCGCACCCCCGUACAUAUUCCCGUACAUCCUCCCUCACCUUUGGCCACCAGAACUGCCUGGUGACGAGCAUCAUGGUUUUGUGCUGUCCACAGUGCCCAGCUGUGGGGUUGUCGUGGAGUUGUUUGAGUACCUUCCCCCUCAGGGUCUCCCCUGGUACGUACAGCGCCCCCUUAUAGUACAGCACCCCUUCCUUUUCCUCAAACCCCCCAUGGCUUUCUCUUCCAUCUCGGAGUUCCCGGAUUUUAGUUUGAGCGAACACGUCGUUUCUCGUAAGCCCGGCCCGUUCUCGUUUCCCAACCAAGGCUCCCCCACACACCCAUCGGUCCUCGGGGAUCACGUGUCAUAUCUCCGGCGGUCCCUCUCCUUCCAUGUACUCCGGCUUCCGGGAGAGAGCAUCUGCUCUUACGUUUUCCUCUCCUGGCACAUAUCGUAUCUCGAAGGAAAACUUGGAGAACUCCUGUGCCCAUCGAAUCUGUACCUGGUUGAGUACUCGCGCGGUCCUCCAGUAUUCCAAGUUCUUGAGAUCAGUACAAACCUGGAUCUUGUGCUGCGCCCCUAUUAGCAGAUGUCUCCAUCGGCGAAACGCCGCAUAGAUCGCCAGCAGUUCGCGGUCAUACACCGUAUAGUUUUGCUCCGACUUGCUCAGCUUCCUCGAGAAAAAGGCACACGGCUUCCAGUCCUGCUUGCUCCUCCCUGGCUGCAAAAGAACCGCCCCAAUGGCUCUGUCGGACACGUCGGUCUCUAGCCUCAUGGGUUUCUCCAGAUCAACGUGCAGGAGCUGCUCUUCCGAAGCGAACGCCUUCUUCAGUCUUUCAAAGGAUUGCUGGGCACUUUCUGUCCAGACGAACUUCUUUUUGCUACUGAGACAAUCUGUGAUGGGCGCUGUCAAGUGGGCGAAGUUCUUGAUGAACUUCCUGUAGAAGUUGCUGAAGUUGCUGAAGUGAAGGCAGUGAAGGUCCUGUGUGAGUGCCUGGAGGCGGUUGGAGGUUGGAUGGCGGCUAACAGAUUGAGGUUGAAUCCUGACAAGACAGAAGUACUGUUUUUGGGGGACAGGAGGCGGGCAGGUGUGGAGGAUUCCCUGGUCUUGAAUGGGGUAACUGUGCCCCUGAAGGACCAGGUGCGCAGCCUGGGAGUCAUUUUGGACUCACAGCUGUCCAUGGAGGCACAGGUCAAAUCUGUGUCCAGGGCAGCUGUUUACCAGCUCCAUCUGGUACGCAGGCUGAGACCCUAUCUGCCUGCGGACUGCCUCGCCAGAGUGGUGCAUGCUCUGGUUAUCUCCCGCUUGGACUACUGCAAUGCGCUCUACGUGGGGCUACCUUUGAAGGUGACCCGGAAACUACAACUAAUCCAGAACGCGGCAGCUAGACUGGUGACUGGGAGCGGCCGCAGAGACCACAUAACACCAGUCUUGAAAGACCUACAUUGGCUCCCAGUACGUUUCCGAGCACAAUUCAAAGUGUUGGUGCUGACCUUUAAAGCCCUAAACGGCCUUGGUCCAGUAUAUCUGAAGGAGCGUCUCCACCCCCAUCGUUCUACCCGGACACUGAGGUCCAGCACAGAGGGCCUUCUGGCGGUUCCCUCACUGCGAAGCCAAGUUACAGGGAACCAGGCAGAGGGCCUUCUCGGUAGUGGCGCCUUCCCUGUGGAACACCCUCCCACCAGAUGUCAAAGAGAACAACAACUACCAGGCUUUUAGAAGACAUCUGAAGGCAGCCCUGUUUCGGGAAGCUUUUAAUGUUUGAUGUAUUAUAGUAUUUUAAUAUUCUUUUGGAAGCCGCCCAGAGUGGCCGGGGAAGCCCAGCCAGAUGGGCGGGGUAUAAAUAAUAAAUUAUUAUUAUUAUUAUUAUUAUAACCCUAGGAACCUCUGCACGUCCUUCCGGGUUUUGGGGGCCUUCCAUUCCAGCACCGCCUGCACCUUGCUUGGGUCCAUAGCUAGGCCUUUGUCUGACAACUUGUACCCCAGAAACUCGACUUCCCUGGCGUGAAACUGACAUUUUUCCAGCUUGACCCACAACUGGUGCUUCUGCAGUCUCUUUAGCACUUACCUGACGUCUCUGACAUGUUGCUUCUCAUCGUCCGAAUAGAUUAAGACGUCGUCCAAGAAGGCUACGCAGUUCUUGUACAGCAGGGACCCCAACAUGUGGUGCAUGAAAGCUUGAAAACAGGCGGAGCCCGACUGUAAUCCAAAUGGCAUAACUAAGUACUCAAAGGCCCCCAGGGCUGUGAACAUUGUGGUCUUCCAUUCGUCCCCCUCCAUCAUCCUAAUCAAAUUGUAUGCUCCCCUGAGGUCCAGCUUGGUAAAAAUUUCCCCCUGCCUCACCCGUGUUAAAAUGUCGUCAAUCCUGGGCAUUGGGAAGGUCACGGGUUCUGACACCAAGUUGACGGUCCGGUAGUCCACAACGAGCCUGGGUUGAUUAGUGUCUUUUUUGUCCACAAAGAACACCGGACUGCCCCCCACCGCCUUUGAUUCUCUUAUGAAACCUCUUUUCAGGUUCUUGUCAAUAAAUUCCCGCAACUCCUUCAUCUCCCUGUCCGACAUGGCAUACAGUUUACCCACCGGCAGCUGCGCCCCUGGGAGCAAGUUGAUUUGGCAGUCAAAGGGCCUAUGGGGUGGUAGUCUAUCCGCCUCCUUCUCGCUGAAGACCUCCUGCAGGUCAGCAUAUUGUGGUGGCACCUCCCCUUUCGGCUCCACAGCUAUCCCAGCCACCCUGGCCACAGUCAUUCUUGGGGUUUCCCCCCCUAGACAGUGUUCCAAGCAGUAAGCUGACCCAAAGGUGACCGUCCGCUGAUGCCAUGCCACUACUGGAUCAUGUAGUGCCAGCCAGCUCAUCCCUAAUAUUAUUGGGGGUCCUGCCAGUGUGGCUACGUGAAAGGCAAUGGUCUCCGUGUGCUUGGAAACCCUCAUUCUCAUUGGUGGGGUCUGGUGCGUCACUUCCCCUCCCAGAAGCUCCCUGCCAUCAAUGGUGGUCACUUGCAAGGGAAAAUCCAGGGGCAGCAGGUGGAGCUGGUGCUCUAGGACGAAGUCCUUGCUGAAGAAAUUGCAGGAACUGCCUGAAUCCAACAGCCCCUUCACCUUGACUGGGUGCCCAUUCGGGAGUUCUAGCACCACUUCUAUGGCUAUAGCCGCCCUGGGGGGGGUCUGGCUGGGGCACUUCUAUUGGUUGCUGGCCUGGCUGCUGUGCCCGCUGAGUGGCAGCCAAGCGUUGGCGUUUCCCUGCUCCUGCCCCCUUUCCCCCUCCUCCUCACCUCCAGCAGCUCCCACCAUCCCUUGCCAGGCCUUUCUUUGAGGGCAGACCCUGGCAAAAUGUCCUGGCCGCUGGCAGAGGAAACACUUCUUGGUGGUUUUCCAAUCCUUUCCCUCCCUCUUGUGACCUUCACUGGAGUUUGAAACCUCCCGCGCGUGCGCGCCAUCUAUUUCCAUUGGCUCCACCGGCGGGGAAGGCUGCCUCAGUAUUUCAGGAAUGCGGUAGUCAUGGCAACGUUCCCCUCUCCCUUCGCGCUUCUCCUGAGCCCGUGCUUCCUGUCUUACGCCAAUCGCAAGCACGGCCUUGGUCAGCUGAUCCAUCGACUGCGGGCGUGGCGCACGGGAAAGCUCGUCCUUCACUGUUGGGGACAACCCCUCCUCAAACAACAUCUGAAUGGGUUCAGAGUCCAAUUCCCACCUGAGUCGGUGGACUAACAUGGCAAAGCACGACCAGUAGUCUCUAACUGACUGGUUCCCCUGUUUACACCCCAUCAGUUCCCGCCAAGUCACACUUUGUUGCACAUCACUGGAAUACAUCGCAUCCAUCGCCUGGAAGAAUUUCCUCAGGUCUUUCAAGGCGGCAUUCUGCAUUGCCAUUAGGGGCCUGAUCCAUUCACUGGCCCCAUCCUGCAGAUGCCCGACAGUGUAGGCCACCCUCUCCCCAUCGUCCGCAAAAUCCUUAUGCUGCAGUUCCAAAGCGUACUCUAUUUCCAUUCUGAACGCGUUGUAGUCCUGGGGCUUCCCCCCAAACUUGUGUACCAGUCCCGGUACCUUCCUUGCUACGGGGGUGGGUCUGACCUGUGCAUCGUGAGCCCGCCUUUCUUCCAACCGCGCCGUCAGAAGAGCCACAUGCUGUUCCAAAUCUCGGUUCCUCUCCACCAGAUUUUGCACUCCAGCUGCUCCCUCCGUGGCGCCGGCUUCUCCGGUUUGGCUCAUUAUGCUGCCUGCCUGUCGCUGCGCACAAGCAACGUCAGAGACUGACGGAUUGCUGUAAUAAAUAUAGGGGUUGCUCGUGCGUAAGUUGCCGCCACUCCUGGCUAGGUUGCCUUGUUAAACCUUUUCUGUCUGGACAGCCCUUCACUUCGUGGCUGUUUCAGUCGCUAGCAGAAUCCGUCAGUGGGCGUUUCUUAAACCUUUUCCAGCAUAAAAGCUGUUUGACGCCAAGUCUCCUCCUACUCUCCCUGCGCGGAAGUCUUCUGCGCAGGGAGGGUGUGGGUAGCGGAGGACCCGUACUCUCCCCGCUGGUCUCCGGCGAGGAGUCCUGGAGCCCCCCUCGCCGAUUCCCCCAUCUCCCUGGUGUUACGCUGAUUUCCUUCCCCAGCUGAUGAGCUGCCUCUCUCCCUGCUGGGCCCUUCUCCAGCAUCGCUUGGGAGCCUUGCCUCCACCUCUAGCUCCGAUGUCAGUUCCCUGACAGGUAUCCUGGAUUUCAUGUCUAUUUUUUAAUAUGUGUCCUAGUCAGACUUCAAAAUAAUUUAAGUAUUCUUCAUGGGAAUACAUUAAUUCAGACAUUUUUCAUUUCCUAAAUAAUUUUUUUCUUUUAGAAGACAUCUGAAGGCAGCCCUGUUUAGGGACGUUUUUAAUGUCUGAAGUUUUAUUCUGUUUUUAAUGUUCUGUUGAAAGCUGCCCAGAGUGGCUGGGGAAACCCAGCCAGAUGGGUGGGAUAGAAAUAAAUUAUUAUUAUUAUUGUUAUUAUUGUUAUUAUUAUUAUUAAUAUUAUUAUUCAUUGGGACCUUAAGAGUAUUAACAUCUGAUAAAUAAGUGUCUUAGAAUAAUUGUUGUGCUCCUUUAAUUAAUGUAGAGAAACUGGUCCCCAUUGUGUUAAUUCUGUUUCUGGAGCUAAAUUGCACAAUUAUUUCAAAUAUGACUGGGUGGCUUUUAGGGGUUCUUGAAAUGUCCAUGCUGUUGUUUUGAAGUUAAUUUUAUUGAGGGGAUUGUGGAGACAAAGCCUUUCCCUACUAGAUAGUCAAUAGUUUCCCCUGGAAAUUUCAUUACAGUUCUUGUUCUUGAAUUGGGUGCAUCUUGAUGGGGAUGGCAGCCAAUACAGGCAUGUUCUCCUUUGCGCUGGACAUGGGACUGUGCUUCCCCUUUUCGUAAUGGCUCCUUCACUUUUGCGGUAAUAACAAACAACUGAGGACAGCAAAGUAACAUGAAAGAGAAGCAUGAAAACAAUUUAAUGAUUAGCACCGAAACGAAUAUUUAAUUAAAAUAAAAGCCAUGCCUAAAAGCCUUAAUGCUGACUUUUGGAAACCGAACCAUGCUGUGGUAUUUGGAAAGCCCAAUGUCCUGUACAGUAGAUAUUCCAAAUUGCUUGGGAACUGGAGCUUACGUUUGCAAGCUUGGAAUGUCCUGCGGAUAAUUAAGUUGUGGUCAGGCUUUAGAAAAAUACAAAGUUCUCAAACUAUGAUUUUAUAAACAUGCUGCAAUAACAUUUCUUUAUAUUUAACAGUUUCGUAUAGAAAGCUGAUACUCUCACAAGGCAUUGAUUAAAGGUAAAACAUCAAGAAAGGAAAAAUAUUAAAUUAAAACUUCAGUUAGGAUGUUGACAGUUGGCUUGUAAUAUUAAACAGAUGUGCGUGUUCUUGGGAUAUUCUUCUUUCAAAGCCUUGUUGCCAAGAUUAAAAAAAAAGACAGCUACAUGAUUUUUUAUUAAUGUUUAAUUCCCUUUUACUUUAGAUUCUCUUUUGCCUGGUUCAGUUCCUUUGGAUGCUGAGAUUUUAAGAAGGUCUUUGUAUAAUUCAUUUUAGAUCAGAACACAUGAGAUUGUGCCCAUUAUUUAAAAUUCUGGUUUAGAAAGUUUUCACUUUUGCUUUGCAUGUUAAAUUCAUUAUUUAUGUAAUUGAUAUGUAUGUGGGAGCAGAAUUCGAUCCACUUAGAUCCAUGCUGAUUAGAAGUAGUUUAUAAUAGAUAACAGAAAAUCAUUAAACUUUUCUACAUUGAAUUGUAGUUCAGUAUAGUGCUGCUUCUUUUUUAAUUGUGAGAAAAACACUAGGAAAUAAUGUGAUCAAUUACAGAACUUCUUUUUGGAACAACUAGUGUUUAACUCGGUAUAUUUUUGCUUUUUAUCCGUGGCUUUAUUUUAAAUAUUAUGUUAUACCAUGAAGUCCCAAGAGCUACUUAGAGAAGGAGAUUGCCAAUGGCACUCUUAACUUCUUUUUCUUCCAAUAGUUGACACCCGCAUGUUAUACCACAACUUCAUUUUUAUGAUGUUUUGAUUAUUUUAUCAUAUACCACUGUGACAUUUUAUAAAUCUUCUUAUAAAUAAAUAAAAUAAACUGCUUUAAAUCCUCUGUCUUAAAAAAAGUCUGCCAUGUAAAACACAAGUCUGAAGCCUCCAUGAGCUCAGCAUGUUCUUUGGCACCUGACCCUGGCAUCUAAGGAUAGUUGUAGACAACUAUCUACCAAGCUGUUUUUGUUUUAGCAGAUAUAGAUAAAGUUAAUUUCAACAGCUAGCUAGACAUUGCCAGAUAUCAGGGCUACAUGGAGACCUUCCUGGGCACUUUGUUGUUCAGUGCCUUUCUAAAUGACUUGGAUGAAGGAAUUGAGGGGAUGUCCAUCCAAUUUGCAGAUGACACCAAACUGGGAGGAUUCAAGAUGACCUUAACAGGCUGGAGAACUGGAACAAAACUAAUAAAAUGAAUUUCAUUAGGGACAAAUGUAUGGUUCUGCAAUUAGGCAGGAAGUAUCAGGUGCACAAAUAUAAGAUGGAAGAACCAGGCUUACUAGUAAGUAAUACAUGUGGAAAAGGUGUAGUGGUCUUAGUGGACCACAAGCUUAACAUAAGUCAACAAAAAGUGAAUGCUCUUCUAGGCUGCAUCAACAGAAGUACAGUGGUACCUUGGUUUCCAAACUUUAUCAAUCCGGGAAGUAUGUUCCAAAACCAAAGCGUUCCAAAACCAAGGUGCGCUUUCCCAUAGAAAGUAAUGCAGAAUGGAUGAAUCUGUUCCAGACUUUUAAAAACAACCCCUAAAACAGCAAUUUAACAUGAAUUUUACUAUCUAACAAGACCAUUGAUCCAUAAAAUGAAAGCAAUAAUCAAUGUACUGUACUAUAAAAUAAAUAAGACAGUAUUGUAGAUGAUAAAAAUUAAAAUUAUUUUUCCCCCUUACGUGCACUGAUCAUUGUUUGGAUAGGGGAGCUUUUACCCAUUUCUGCAGUCACACAAUCAAUCAGUAGCUGAACUGGGUUCCACACAGUCACAAGUCAGUACCAUAAAACGAAGGACAAGUCACAGUAAAAAAACCCGAAAAAGCCACACAAACAAAAGCGCAAAUUUUUUUUUAGCAAAAACAAAAGCUCCAAAUAUUACCUCUGUGUUGCGUGGGUGCUCAGGACUAAACAGCUGACAGACUCAACAGGAAGCCUUUGAUAAGCAGUGGGGGACUCAAUUUACAAACGGAACACACUCAACAGGAAGCGGAACAUGUUCCGCUUCCAAGGCAAAGUUCACAAACUGGAACACCUACUUCCGAGUUUGCAGCGUUCUAUUUCAAAGUUGUUCAUAAACUAAGCUGUUCUAAAACCAAGGCACCACUGUAUAGUGUCCAGAUCAAGAGAAGUAAUAAUACCACUGUAUUCUUUCUUGGUGUCAGACCACAUCUGGAAUACUGUCCCCAGUUUUGGGAACCACAAUUUAAGAAGGGUAUUGACAAGUUGGAAUGUGUGCAAAGGAGGGCAAAAAGGAUGGUCAAGGUUCUGGAAACCAAACCUGAUGAGGAAUGGUUGAGGGAGUUGGGUAUGUUUAGCCUGGAGAAGGAGAGACUGAGAGGCGAUAUGAUAGACAUUUUCAAAUAUCUAAAGGGUUGUCGCAUGGAAAAUAAAGUGAGCUUGUUUUCUCCUGCUUUGGAGGGUAGGAUUCGAACCAGUGGAGUCAAGUUACAAGAAAGGAGAUUCUGACUAAGCACCAGGAAGAACCUUCUGGCAGUAAGAGCUGUUCAGCAGUGGAACAGUCUCCCUUGGGAGGCUGUGGACUCUCCGUCCCUGGAGGUUUUUCAGCAGAGGUUGGUUGGGCAUCUGCCAUGGAUGCUUUAGUUGAGAUUCCUGUGUUGCAGGGGGUUGGACUAGAUGACCCUUGGAGGCACCCUCCAACUCUUUGAUUGUAUGAUUCUAAGUUACUGCUUGGUAAAUAACCACCUGUAUGCUCCAUGAAUUGACUGCAGUGGCAAUGGCUAUGGAGAGUAGACCCAUUGAAGUUAAUUGACAUGACUUAGGUUUUUUAAUUUCACUGGGUCUGUGGCGAGUAAGACUUAGUUGACUACAACCUCAUGUGUUCAACAUCAAUUUCUUGUUUCCUGUUUCAAAAUUAUAUUUUUGUUAAAUUUUCAAAUGUACAUAUUCCACUGUAAAAUACAAAACGUUAAAUCCAACAACUUUCGUUCUUCUCCUUCCAUGGUUCCUUUAUACUUCAAAAAUAUACUGCAUAUUCCAUGUCAACCAUCUACUUUGCCCCUUUUAUAUAAUAUUAAUUUAAAUGAGACUGUUGAAUUUAUAUUAUUCCCCCUAGCAUUUUCACUUGCUUACUCCACACAUAUUUUCCAUUCCUCUUUAUACACUCAAUCUUUUUGUUUUCUUACCCUGCUGGUUAGGCCUGCUAGCUCUGCAUAUUCCCUCAUUUUUAGCUGCCAAUUUGGGACCUCUCCCACCUUCCAUUUUUGAGCUAACAAAAUCCGAUCUGCUGUCAUUGCAUACAUAAAUAACCUUUUCUGACCCCUGGGUACCUCUGUCUGUACCAUUCCUAAAAGGAAUGCCUCUUUGAGGGGGGUGGGUGUUGUUUUAAACAGUUGUUUCAUUUAGUAUAAAUUAUUUCCAAGUAUAGUGGUACUUCGGGUUACAAACACGGGCUGCAAGCUCCGCUAACCCGGAAGUAGUUGCUCCGGGUUGCAAACUUUGCCCCAGGCUGAGAAUGAAAAGCACGUGGUGAAGGCGUGGCGGCAGCGGGAGGCCCCACUAGCAAAAGCGCGCCUCAGGUUAAGAAUGGUUUUGGGUUAAGAAUGGACUUCUGGAACGAAUUAAGUUCAUAACCUGAGGUACCACUGUAGCCCUUAACUAUUCUACAUGACCACCACAUAUGAUGAAAUAUUCCUUCUGCUUCUUUACAUUUGCAACACCUAUCUGUUUCAGUUUUAUACAUCUUUGCUAAUUUACUUAGAGUUAGGUAUCAUCUAUAAAUCAUUUUCAUAUAGUUCUCCUUUAAUGUAUAACAUGCAGUAAAUUUUAAGUCAGUCUUCCACAGUUUCUCCCAGAAGUCGAAUUCUAUGUUAUACCGUAUAUCUCUGCCCAAUGUAUCAUUGAUGAUUUAACCAGCUCGUCUUUUGUUCCCCAGCCUAAUAAUAAUCUAUACAUUUUAGAUAAUACUAAUAAUUCUAAUAAUUCACUUUCAGAUUGUGAGCUUUGCUCCAUAAAACCACAUUUUUUAUCCAACUUAAACUUUUCAUUUAGUUGGUAAUACUGCAACCUGUCUGUCCCUAGGUUCUUUAAUUUUUUCCCACGUCUUCAGUUUGAUUUCUCUCUCCGAUAAGUCCAGUAAAUCUCUAUAUAUUGCCCAUUGUCUGUCCAUAUUGGUCUUCUUCAAUGCUAUAGCUUCUAUUGGUGAUAACCACAAAAAUGUUCCCCUCUCCAACAGAUUUUUAUAUUUCUCCCGGACUCUGUAGGUAUUCCUUCUUACCACAUGGUUCUAGAAGUUCUUCUAUAUACAGUGGUGCCUCGCAAGACGAAAUUAAUUCGUUCCGCAAGUCUCUUCGUCUUGCGAGUUUUUCGUCUUGCGAUGCACGGUUUCCCAUAGGAAUGCAUUGAAAAUCAAUUAAUGCGUUCCUAGGAAGCCGCCUUCAGACCAGGUCCGGGGACAGUCUGUCCCCGGACCUCUUCUGAAGGCUGGGGGAGCAAGGGCUUUUCUUCCCACCCCCAGCAUUUUAAAACCCCGGGACAGCGGAGGACUUCUCCGCUGUCCGGGCGAUCUUAAAAUGCUGGCGGGCGGCAUUUUAAAAUCACCCCGGGACAGCGGAGGACUUCUCCGCUGUCCGGGGCAAUUUAAAGCCCCUGGGAAGGCAGGCAGGGGGACAAAGACUUUUGCCCCCGCCAGCCUUCAGAAGAGGUCCUGGACCUCUUCUGAAGGCGGGCGGGGGCGAAAGUCUUUGCUCCCCGCCUUCAAAAGCCCUCCGGGACAGGCAGGCAGGGGGAGCAAAGACUUUCGCCCCCGCCCGCCUUCAGAAGGUCUUCCCUCCCCCCGCCCGGCGGCGGAGCACCGUCCCGACGCCGGGCGGCGGCGGGAGGUGUUCCCCCCCCCCCGCCCGGCUCGGAGCACCGUUCCGAAGCCGGGCGGCGGGGGGGAGGUCUUCCCUCCCCACCGCCCGGCUUCGGAGCACCGUUCCGAAGCCGGGCAGUGGCGGGAGGUCUUCCCUCCCCCGCCCGGCUCGGAGCACCGUUCCGAGCCGGGCGGCGGCGGCAGGUGUUCCCUCCCCCGCCCGGCCCGGAGCACCGUUCCGAGCCGGGCGGCGGCGGCAGGUGUUCCCUCCCCCGCCUGGCUCGGAGGAGCCUUCCGAAGCCCGGCGGCGGGGGGGGGAGGGGUCCCCGCCCCCCCCCCACGCUGCGGGGGAGGGCCCAGGACAGUGGGGAAGACGCGCUGCGCUUCCCGCUGUCCCUGAGAUUUCCCUAUGGGCUGUCGUCUUGCGAAGCAAGCCCAUAGGAAAUUCGUUAUGCGAGCGCCUCCAAAACGGAAAACCCUUUCGUCUAGCGGGUUUUCCGUCUUGCGAGGCGUUCGUCUUGCGGGGUACCACUGUAUAUAUUAGCAUUUCCAUACCAUAAACACGGGUGCCAGCCAAAAUUAAUACCAUGACCUUCCAAAUCUAAUAGGUGGUUUUUUAAAUAGCAAAAUUCAUUCCUUUAACCAACAUAAACAUGCCGCCUCCUAAUAUAAUUGUAAAUUGGCAAUUUCUUAUUUAGGCACAUAUCUUCUGAUUACAAGUUGAGCAUAAACAGUCAUAAGUUAUGUUGUAACUCAUUCUGCUUUUUGUAAAUCUCUUUGAGUUUUUUUUCUUUUUACAAUCAAGCGGAAUAUAAAUUUUCUGAAAUAGGAUAAAUAUACUUUUACAGUUUGAAGCCAUUAUGCCUGACUGUGGUUAGUUAGAUUGUUUGAUAUUAUAUUAUCCCUGGCCUUGAAAAUUGCAGUGGUCUUUAGGAGUGAUCUGCCGUUCAUGAAAUCAGGCUUAGUAUAACUAUUCUGGAAUGUAAAACACCCCUUUCCCCCUUUUGUAUUGAGGAUAAAUCAUGAUGAAAUCUUUCUCAUUUCCCUGUUUUCUUCCCAUUAUAAUGUAUAAUGCAAAUAAUUUUCUCUGAAUUUUAAGACCUGAUCCCUAUGAAUUGUAUACAAGUGGUUUCAAUUCAAGGGGAAGAAUGAAGAAAUAGGGCAUAUAAAUAGAUUUCUUUCCUAUGAAAACACAUGCAUAGUCUCAGCUUGUUUGUUUAUGAGCCCAGUUUGCAUUGUGUCUCCCCAUGUUGGUUUGCUUUUUUUUUUUUUUUUUUUGCCACUUGAGAAUGCAGGGUGAGGGUCAUUUGAUUUAAUGUUCCUCUGUAUUAAAAUAAACCACUGUCUAUUGAAAACUCAGUGACGGAGUGUGACAGAUUUCAAUUCUACCUUUCCCCCUGACAUACACAUUGUCUGUGUGUAGGAAUCAACUCCUCCUGUAGUUUUCCAACUAGCUUUGUAGAAUGAAGACCCAAAGCAUGCCUUGUGGGGUGUGGCUGCUAUUCCAUUUUAUCCUUACAACAACCUUAUGAACUGGAUUCAUCUGAGAGAUGGAGUUUGGCCCAAGAUCACCCAGUGAACUACAUGGCCAAGCAGGGUUUGACCUGUGAGUCUCUUUUCCAAGUCCCAUUUUCUGAGUAUUGCACCAUAGUGGUUCAGUUUUAUUUGAAACUUGUUUGGAUGGUAUAAGAAAAAGCAAAGUGUACUCUUUUGAAUAAACAGUUCUUUUGCUUCUGUACAGUGGUGCCCCGCAAGACGAAUGCCUUGCAAGGCGAAAAACCCGCUAGACGAAAGGGUUUUCUGUUUUUGCGUUGCUUCGCUAGACGGAUUUCCCUAUGGGCUUGCUUCGCAAGACGAAAACGUCUUGCACUUUUUUUUUAAAGCCGCUUGAAGAGGCGCAGUUGCGACGGACCGUGCUUCACAAGACGAAAAACAUCGCAAGACGAAAAGACUCGCGGAACGAAUUCUUUUCGUCUUGCGAGGCACCACUGUAUUUUGUCAGGCUGCAGAGGGUACUUCUGUAUUGCCAUAUCUGCAUAGUAAAAUGGGAGUGACAUUGUAGGGUGUUUGCUCAGUUAAUUAUAACAUCAAUUAAGAGUGUGUGUGGUUGCAGUAGUUCAUUGUUAGAUAUAUGACCCUCCUGCUAAAAUAGAAGACAUCACACGAUUCUGUGUGUAUGUAUGUUGAAUGACGUGUUCAGGGUUUUUUAAUGCAAUUUUGAAAAUAUGCAAGAUGUAGCAAUUAACCUACAUGUACGUAUAUAAUACUAGAAAAUGGGCAACUUAUUAUAUUCAAAGACAGGAUCUGAUAGGCUCAAAUUGCUUAAAACAUCAGUUAUUGAAGAUCUACCCAGGGGAAUUUAAGAAACCAUUUAACAGAUGAAAGUACAUUUUGAAAAGUUUGACCUUACAGGCAAUCAUAAAAUGAAUGCAAACAGUGCUUCUCCCCCUGAAAUGUAUAGAGCCCAUCUGUGUCUAAUCCAGUAAUUACAGACUGAGUUCAAUUACCUUUUCAAACUUGGAGCAGACUGGAGACUAAGCAGUGAAUGUGCAUGGGGUUUUGUCUAGACCUCAGUUGACCACAGUCUAAAACAGGAAUUUAUAUCUAAUUUUAUUUUAUUUUGUUCAGUUUGGUAGCUCUUAAAAGAUUCAUUUUGCUACUUAAGUUAUCAGAUUCUGGAAGCCCAGUACACAUGUAUUGCUGUACUUGUGUGUGAAUAUGUCUUUAAAAAAAAAAAAAGUUUGUGAGAAAAGUAGUUGGCAUUUGCAGGGUAAGGAUUUGGGGAGUUUAGCUCCUUUUAAAAACUGUUUGAGAGCAGCCAUGCUUUUGUUUCUCUGUUCUUUGUGGUUUACUCCGGUUCUGUUUUAAUACUGUGGCCUAUAAUAUGCAUUGCAUAAUGAAUAAUAUUUUGAAAGAAUUAUUAACAGUAAUUUUCAAAUGUAACCCACUAUAAACAAUAAAGCACCUUUACCAUCUCCCCUAAGGAUCCUGCAGCUAGGCUGCCUGUGUGUGCUGGCUUUGUGUGGGAUCCUGUGCAACAUGUUAAAAUGAUGCUGGAGCGCAUAUUCUUGCCUAGCCCCAUUAUUUUCUUAUUUUAAGUAACUGGGUUUUAGGGGCUUUCAAUGGCAAAGUGAGGCAGAAAUGUUUGGGUAUGUACCAUGUGCUCAAGUUAAAAUCAUCUCUUUGCUUUCAGCUGUUUCUCUCAUUUAAAUCAGUAGAAGUUCUGAACAGUAGCGCACAGUCCUUGUAAACAGAUUGUAAACACAGCUGCAGGAACUGAUUCCACUGUUUGGAAUGAAAUGAAAUGACUUGCUAUCAAUACAACAACAUAGCAUAUUCUCUUCCUUGCAUGUCAAAUAAUUCAUCUGGCGAUGAGAUAUUAGCAUGGGUCACACAUCAUGCUAAGCCAAACUAUGCCUUAUUGACAGCAUGUGGGCUUCUGGAGAGGAAAUUGCCUCUAGUUUGCUACUCAGUCAGUUUUCUGCUGCGGAGCACUGAGCUCGUCUAUGGUUUGGCUUAAUGUGUAAACUGAACCCAGGCUUGUGGUUUAUCUCUCUCUACACUAACCAUAAACUUUAAACUAUAGGACAAAACUUGGUUACAGCUCAUGUUUAGUGCGGAGAGAGCUAAAUAAUGAGCCCAAUUUGGGCGACAUGCUAAACCAAACCAUGGCUUAUAAGGUUCAGUGCGGAGCAGGAGCAAAAUGACUAGGGAGGACCAAGCGGCCAUUGUUUUCUCUCCCAGGGCCUGCAUGCAUUCAUGCUAAAUCAUGCUUUGGUUUACAAUGAUGUGUGAACCAGGAUAUUAUUUGCUAAGUUGAUAAAUUGGGUAUGCCAACAACUGUAGUCUUACACAAAAUUCCGUGGGUCAGACUUUAUUAUUAAUUUUACUUAUUUGUCUACUACAAAAAAGUGUCCAAUCAAUUCAGAAAAAGAUAUAGCAUAAUAAAACCUUUCUAAUAAUCUAUGAGGGACGCGGGUGGCGCUGUGGGUUAAACCACGGAGCCUAGGACUUGCUGAUCAGAAGGUUGGCGGUUUGAAUCCCCGUGACGGGGUGAACUCCCAUUGCUCGGUCCCUGCUCCUGCCCACCUAGCAGUUUGAAAGCAAGUCAAAGUGCAAGUAGAUAAAUAGGUACCGCUCUGGUGGGAAGGUAAACGGCGUUUCCGUGUGCUGCUCUGGUUCACCAGAAGCGGCUUAGUCAUGCUGGCCACAUGACCCGGAAGCUAUACGCCGGCUCCUUCGGCCAAUAAAGCGAGAUGAACGCCGCAACCCCAGAGUCGGCCACGACUGGACCUAAUGGUCAGGGGUCCCUUUACCUUUAUUAAUAAUCUAUAAACAAACCCACUAGAAGAACAUUUUAUGGAAUUGCUACCAACCAGCUGGUUGCAAUCCAUCAAAUGCCUGGGAGAAAAAAAGUAAGUUUUAACUUGACACCUAAAUGAUGUUAUUGAUGGAUCUCAUUGGGAAGAGCAUUCCAUAAGUGGGUAGCCAUAACUGGAAAAGUUUGCUUCCCUGUUGAUACCUUUUGAAGCUUCCUCAGAGGGAGCAUUCAAAUAAAGAUCACAAGUGAAGAUGGAAGGGUCCAAGUAGGUUCAUACUGGGAGAGGCACUUCGGAAAAGAUUGUGGUCCCAAGCCAUCAAUGUUAAAACUAGCACUCUGAAUUGGCAACCAGUGCAGUUGUGCCAGGAUUGGUGUGAUAUGCCAACAAUUGGGUGGCCACUAGCUAAAUAUUCUGAACCAUCUUCAAAGGCAAACAAAUAUACAGCACAUUGCAGAGCAUAUAUUACUGCAGCCAAGUCGUUCCUGUCCAUAUAGGGCCACAGCUGAGCCACCAGACAAAGCUGGCACUCUGCACUCUGCCCCACUGAGGCUGCCUAUGCCUCAUGUGACAGCAGUGGAUCUAGGAAGACACUCGACUGCAGAUCUGCUCUUUCAGAAGGAGCUUGACCGCCACCCGCCUGGUCAGAAGUUUCACUUAAUCCAGUUGUAUUUCCUCCCACCUAUUGUUUUUGGACUUCGUAAAAGUUAGUAAUUUUUCAUUGAGACCAUUGUGGAAUGUUGUAGGCUACAUGGCGUUUAUUUCAAAUGUAUGAACUAUGCCUUUCAAUUUAGCACCCUUUUCAAUAAAAUCAAACAGCAAAUUUUUUUUAACUUGUUUUUUUUUUUUUUAAUGAAAGAGAUAUUGCCUAAGUGGGUAUAAUUAAGUUGUAAGAAGUGGCCCAUCAACUGAAAUCCUAUGACGAAAAACAAGACGCUGUUUAAUAAAAGGAGGUUCUUUUGCAGGAACAGUACUCUGAUUUUCAUUAAGUAAAUGGUAUUCUCAGCUACUUUAUCUAAGCUCGAGAUUAAUUUCUAUGGUUACGGGUGGAUAUAACUCUGUAGUAUGCUUUUCAAAACUGAUUGUGUUUGUUCACAACAAGAUUAUAGCAGCCUUCUUCUAAAAUAAGUUUUUACUUUAAAUCCCCCCCCCAUUAAAUGCAUAGACAUAGGUGGGCUGCAAUUCCAGAGCCUUCAUAAAAAAAUAAAAAGAUAUAUGCUGAAAUAGAAUUACAGAAAGUAGACAUUAAAAUACUAAAUAGCAGUGCUGUCCCCCCUAAAAACAUGUUUAGGGGUACUCUCAUUUUCCUACUCAUAUUGAAAUACUGCCCCUCAAUGAGGCCAAACUUAGAUUCACAAAAUGUUUAGGGGUAUGUGUGCCCCUGUGUCCCCCCAGAAAAAAGCACUGCUAAAUAGGGUUCAUGGUUUCAGGCAAAGGGAAAAAUGAGUGCCCCUUACUGUACACCAGGUGUACAGUGGGGAGCCUGAGGUCUGGCUCUUUAUCUGGCCUUUGAAGCUAUCCCAGGCCACAUCCUGCAUCCGCUCUGCUCAUGUGACCCCAAACGCUGUUAAUUUCUCCUUCUUGUCUGGAUAUAGAAUAGAGAGAGAAGUGCAAGUGUGCGUAGAAACUCUUCUAACAUGCAAAGGUAAAAUUUACAUGCCUUGUCCUGUUCCCUUUUGCCUCUGGCCCUGCCUACCAAUAAUUGGUUGUGAUCCCCAUAAAAUUGCCCAGAAGCAGAGGUGAGCCUUGAACUAAAAAUGGUUCCUCGCCCCUGCUGUACACUAGGACUUCUAAAUAUUCAUUUCUAUACUUCAGCUCUAGCAGAUAGACAUAUUUAAUGCUGAGUAAUAAACACAUAAUUAAUGAUGAUAAACAAUAUUUCUUCCGUGAGAAAAUCUGUCUACUGUGCUUUUUAUUGAACAGAAGGGAUUCCCCCCCCCAAUACAAUUGUAUCCUAUGUUCUGCAUGUGCAACAGAACUUCCUACUCGUCUCCUUUUGUCUCCUAUGCCCCCUCCUGCACUGAAAAUCAUUUCCAAUGAGUUGGGAGACCUCCUGAGCACUUUGGGGGAGAAAAGAGGAAGUAUUGUUGUGUAAGUGAAACUUCGUUUGUUUAACGUUAGGUGCAACCUAAAAUUUUGCUCCCCUACAUAAAAUUGCUAAUGUUAAAAUGUAAAUUUCCCAGAAAGUUAUGUAUGAGCCAGAUUAGAUUACUGUUUGUGUAAAGCAUGAUGGAAAGCAUGUUUAUACUAUUGUGAGUGUGUCCGUGUGCACUCAUGUAUUUUCCAUAUAGAGAUCAUGUCAUUUUUUGUUCCCUCAUUCCACGCAGAGAAAGAAUUUCUGAAGCAUGGCUUACUUAUAAAAUAAUAGUCAGGAAACAUGUUUUUGAGAUUCUGAAUAACAUCAGUAUAACUUGUAAGUAGAGGAUAUACAGAAGGAUAUCUUGGUAAUGGAAAUUGCAAGUAAGGAAAGGUAUUAAAACACUUUUAAAAGCAAUGAUAUGUGAAUGAGAAUCUCUGUAUGGGGCUACUAGUUACAGCCAACUCAUUCUCAGAAUGUGGAAUCUUUUGUAGCCAAAGCAGCACAAUUCACACACAUAAAAGAGGCGUCAGUAGGCUUGAAGGAGUCCCAAAGAAUGCUAACUAAAUAAACUGAAAAACCCUUUUGGGGCUAGGUGGGUGGAAUGCUGACUGACUGUUGGCAAAGACAACAGAAAACCUGGAAGAGAGGACGUGGAAGGGAGUAUCCUGUAGGAGGGCAUUGCUAGCUGGUUGGAACCCUGAUCAGGAGCAUGCCACACGACAGUGUUUUGUUGCAGGUCCUGCUUGUCUCCACAGUGUGUGUGUGCGUGUGUGUGUGUGUGUGUGUGUGUGUGAGAGAGAGAGAGAGAGAGAGAGAGAGAUUGUAUAUAUUAUACAGAUGCUCGUUUCCCUAUAGCUUGUUAUGCACGGUUUACAGUGAUUUCAGCAGGAAAAUAUGUGCACCUCAGUUUUGAUACUUUGAAUAAAUUUUGAAUCUGAAAUUAUAUACUGUGCUACAUAGAUACAAUUCAGUGUGCAUUUCAGAAUUGGGUCUCUAUUAUGUACAUCAGUUACAGAUUGCUAAAUUAAUGAAUAGUAAUGAGUAGGAUUGGGCUCCAACCUAUACACCCAAUCCUACACAACUUUUAGAAGACAUCUGAAGGCAGCCCUGUAUCAGGAAGUUUUUAACAUUUGACUUUGAAUAAGGAUUCCUUAAAUCAGAGCAUAACAUAGUUUUUAUAAAACCUGAUUUUUGUAAAGAGUAGAUUAAUGGGAAAUAUUUGAAGAUGAGCUGUCUACUAUUCAAUAUAAUGUCCUACCUUAUUACAGUUGGCCCCUGUCUUAAUGAUGCUUCCACGUCUGCAGUGGUUAAUUGUAAAAAGAUGUGGACUCUGCAGAAGAGUUGAGUGAGGUCUAUUAGUUGCUCUCUUUUUGUUUACUUGAUAAAGAAAAGAAUAAAUAAAUUUAUAAUUUAUUCAUAACAAAAUGGAACAGUUGAAGAAAAAACAUCCUGUGUAAAAGUGCAAAUAAAGUUUAAUGCUGAGAAUUGUUGUAAGCGGAGUGUGUUUAAUUCGCGGUAAUAAAAGCCAAUUUCGGCAAACAUAUUUUGACCAAUUUGCUUUUGUUUCCCAGCUGAAACGUUCCUCAAAUCUUGUGGCUUUUGUGUUGUGCUUAAAGAGGUUUUAUAUAGUUGUGUGAAAAUAUAAAUAUUGAAGUUCUGAUUGGAGUUAGGCAAUAAGACAAGAAGAAAAUAUUGAAAAAUCCUAUUAAAGUCAGAUGUUGGAUCCCAUGAUGAAACAAAAAAUAUGAACAUCAGAAGAUUUGUGUGUUUUGCAGACUUGAAUGAGGCAGCCUCAAUUUGUUAGUUCAACAGAUAAGACUGAAUUUUUGUCGGGUCCUUAUUUUUCAGUUCAGUGACAAAAACUCCUUUCAGUGUUUAUGCAUACAUAACAGUUGUGUGAAUAAUGAACUCACUGACCGUGCAAUCUUAUGCAUGUUUAAUCAAAAGUAAGACUUACUCUCAAACAUGUGGGUGCAUAAAUUAUUGUAGACUUACAACACAAUCUUAACCAUGUCGCCUACUCAGAAGUAAGUCCUAUUGAAUUCAGUGGGGCUUACCGCUCGGUAAGUGGAGUUCAGAUUGCAGCCUUAUUCUUGUAAGUGAUACUAAAACGCUAUUCAGUCGUUUGAAACUUUCUGCCAGUUCUUAAAGCACGCCGUUGUGUUCCUUUUUGCAGUAAUUAACCUUCCCUUUUAAUAUAUAACAUUUCAGUGUGUUGAAAUUCAUAGAAUUAGAAGUAUUCACGUGUAUGAACUUACAAAGGCAAGAAGAUUACUGGUCUGUCUUUUUUGGAUAAGGACUCGGAACAAUCAACGAAGCACUUUUUGCAGGUUCUUAUUUCAGUGUUUUAUUUAGAAUCCAAGCUCAGUUGAUCUGUAGAACUUCAAAGUCUUAAUUAUAAAGUUUCAUUUGGUGAUCUUGUUGCAUAAGCAAAAGUCACUGGUGCCUCCUUCCGUCCCCUGCUGCUCCCCACAGGUCCCAAAGACCCCCCUGAGCAACUUUGUGCUCAAUAUUAUACAAUAACUCUUGUAACAUAUAGUCAAGGUUGUUCUCGCAUUUGGGUGUGGUACGUGUGUGUGUCUGUGAGACCAUUUGUUUUCUUAAUUUUAAGUAAUACUAAAUUGAAGAGAUGCAACUGCAUUAGGAUGCUCACUUUUCAAAAAUAUUUGAGUUACUCAAAAUAUUCUACUUUCCUUUUAAUAAUGUUGCAGCAAUACAGAAAAGCAGCUUUCAUAUUCCUGGAAGGAGCAUUAUUUAAAUACUUCCUGCUAUGAGUCCUUUUUUUGUUUGUUUGUUAAAGGAAGCUGUACUCAAAGAUGAAAUAAACCAAUUUCAGAAAAUGUUUUUCAAAAGCUGUAAACUCAAAAUAGUGAACAGAACGUUUAUGAUUUAUUCCUCACAGUUAGGAUUGCAUGGUCGCUCUUGUUUGAAGGGGUGUCCCGAUUCAAGAAUAUUUUGAUCCUUUAGAAUAGGAAUCUCACGUAUUUCUAAAUUUCUGUAUACUGAAAGAGCUCCCAAAUGCUUUUGUUUUGGAAAUUUGAUUUUGUUUGACAUCAGAUAAUAGCAGGAGAUUACGAAGAGAUAUGAUGUGCAAGUAGACUAAGAUAAGUCAGGGCAGUUGUGCAUGAAGAAAUGCAUUAUUUAAAAAGAACACAAAAGAGCACAUAUUUGCGUAAAAUUUGCAUGUGCUACUUUAUACAUGUAGAUUUAAAUUUAUAAAGAAUUGCUAUAAUUAUAAGGGUAAAGGAUAAAUUUGGGGCCAGGUAACCUGUGUGCCUCUAUGUCUGCUGAUGGGCCGCUGCUCGUCUUUAUCUUCAAACCCGACUUUGGCUGGACAGCCUUUCAAAAAAUAAAGGAUUCCUGGAGUAUUGUCCUCUGACACGCCUUCAAGUAGAGGACUGUUCUAAGUGGGGUAUGUGGCCGCCCUGUGUUCAAUUGUGCAGACAUGUAUGUGAAGAAAGUGUAAACUCUUCCCUUUUCCAGGGUUGUAGCAAUUCACUUUAGUAGUGCCACUUGAGGUGGGGUUUUUUGGGAUUUUUGGGGGGCUGAUUCUGGAGCCAGAGAGUAGUCGUACACAAGGAUGAGCAAUUCAGUUUUUAGACAACAAUUAUGAGCGCCUCGUUAAGGAAUGGGAAAUGUCUCCUUUUAUAAUGCUGUACUUUCUCAUCGAAAUACCAUAAAGUAAACUCUUUAAUGCCUUAUGCAUGCACUUCCAUUUUUGAAACAGGUUAUCAAUGCAGAGUGACGUAAAUGCUCCUAUAUUAUUUGUUUGUGCUUAAUGCAGUCAACAAAAAGAUUGCACAUUUUAUUCUAAUUGGUUUUUUAUUAUUAUGCAAUCCGAUAAUUUUUCAAGUACUGCUCUGUCUCUGCAGUGCGUAAAUCACAUGAACUUUUUUGUUUAGUUUUGUUACUGGCAGCUGUACUUUAAAAUUUUGCCUCAGUUUUUUUAAACAACAUUUUUAGCGUCUCCACAUUACAUCUCUUUCAACAUUUGCAGAUAAAAAAAUAUGCAAGCAGUCAUUUUUUGUGUUUAUUGUUUCUGUUCUUUCAUUACUUUGAAUAGCUGAAUAUGAGUAAGGAAGGAAUGUGGAACCCUCAAGUCUGAAUUUUGGUGCAUCUUCAGACCCUUCUACUUAAGAUUUGCUGCCCUGCUUCCUUGCCCUUCCUUGCAUUUUUCAAGAGUUUUGUUGUUGUCAUUUAAAUGUUGCUAUUCAAAUAACUUUUAGUAGAACAAAAGUAACGGAAUAAAAUGUGCACGCUGUGCCUGUUAAUAAAAGUAAUUAUAGGUCCCAAAUUGCCUUCUACUUGUAGACUAGUUUUUGUUCCCCAUUUGUUGAUGUAAACCAGGAACUGAGCAAGGUAACCAUUUUCAUGAGAUUAGAGGCAGCCAGGCUGACUGUCUCUUGGCUUUUUGCUCCCCCCACUUAAAUGCAUGCCCACCCCUAUCUUCUGUUUAGAUAUCGCUUGCUUUUUGGAGUUUCACAUUACUGCAGCAAUUGAUCUGAGUGACCUAGCUUAAGAACUUUAACAUUGCAGUUGCAACUUAAACCAAAUGUAUACCCUCAAGAGGCAAAUCAUCUGAAAAACUGGUCAGUUGUGAUUAUGACCUACUGUACUUUCUCCCCGCAAACCUGAAUAGGAUAGCACUGGAAAUCAUCAGUUGCUUAAACAGGCGGGUGACAUAAAUCUAAUUUCUGCUUAUACAAAUGCAGCACUUUUGCAGCUUUAGAAUAAGCAUUUGAACCAGCUGUGCCAACUUUUCACAGUUGCUGUUCCUGAAAGUUUAAACUUUGCGUUUUCUUCUAUUUCACUUAACCAUCAGACCCUGAGUUUUAAACUUAGAAAUUAGGGUCAUGAAUUUGGAAAUUAGAUGCUAAUUGUGCAUCAAAGCUUUGACCUGUAAUUCUCAAAUAUCUUCAAUGCAAAAAUCGUUACUGUUGCGGAGACCUUUAUCCUAUUAAAAAUCAGAUAAACAUGCCUAGACCGUACCAGGAAUAGAUGAAUAUUUAAAUUAUUAUUUUUAUUAUAAAGACAUGAGCUUUACCUUCAAAAUGUGCAAUACUUUGUAUACUUUUGCAGAGUAAAUCUAGGUGAUCUCAGUGGGACUCUGUAGUCUCAAGUAAGCAUGCAUGGAAUUAGACUAAAAAGCCUAUAAUAUUGGGUACGUGACUUGGGUCCGUGAAUUCAGUUGUUUAGGCUCUUACGUAAUGCAGUUGGUGGACUUGUGCUUAUUCUGCAGUGCUCUUUUUGUGAAAGGAUUGCUCAUGUUUGAAAAAUAUUAAUCGAACUUUACUUUUGAAUCUGUAUUUCUGAACUACACAUAAUGAUAGAAUAUAUAAUAUGGAUAGAACAGCUCUAACAAAAAUCAGAAUUUACAAAAACAAAUGAAUCUUUGGCUUCUCGAUUUUGAUUCCUUAGUAUUUUUAAUGUCUCACAUUUAGGUUUUGACUAUUUGGGUUUUUAAAUACAGAUUUGUUAAUCUACUACUCAACAAGUAACAUACAACCACUGCAUCAUUUUAUCAUUUGCAUGAGAUUAGAAGAAAAUGGCUACACCACCUUGAGUUUUAACAAAGCCUGAAUUGUAAUUAGUGAUUUUAAAGGCAUAAUGACCUCUUUAAUGUAAUACACCUCUUUUAUGUAAUGACACAAAAAUAAACUGGCUUUAUUCUAAGAUUUAGAAGAUGCUUUCUGACACCAUAGAUGUGACCCCUCAUUUUUCAUGCAGUUAACAUUUUCUAUCGGCAAUUUAAAAACAUUGAACAUUUAAAAUCCAAAUUAUGCAACAAUUUCCCCAACCCAUAUGCUCUGUGUUCAUACACAAUAUGCAAUAUCUUGUUUUUUUUUAAUUUUUGCCUGCAUAUAACUCUUGUUUUUUUAAUUAAAAACAAUAACACAACUCCAAGAUCCUUGAUUUUGAUAUUGAUGUCUGAAUGAAGAACCACUAGGUCCCAUUUUUAAAUGUUGUCUUCCUUUCAGUAAUGAAUUAUUUUUAUUACUAUUACUAUUAUAUUUAUAUCCUGCCUUUUUCCCCAGACCAGGACUUGAAAGCAGCUUAUACAAAUUAAAACAACACAGAUAAAAUACAGAAGGCUUAAAACAUAUAAAAUAUAGUAAUUAAAAAGUAAUUAAACUGGAGUAGAAUUAAAACAAUAUAAAAAACAGUUACAAUGGUACCUCAGGUUACAUACACUUCAGGUUACAGACGCUUCAGGUUACAGACUCCACUGAUCCAGAAAUAUUACCUUGGGUUAAGAACUUUGCUUCAGGAUGAGAACAGAAAUCAUGCUCCGGCAGUGCAGCGGCAGCAGGAGGCCCCAUUAGCUAAAGUGGUGCUUCAGGUUAAGAACAGUUUCAGGUUAAGUAUGGACCUCCGGAAUGAAUUAAGUACUUAACCUGAGGUACCACUGUAUAUUAAAAUACAGAUAGUAAAAGAAGCACAGCACUAUUCAAAAGCCCUUUCCUUAAAAAAAUGGUCCUGCAACGCCUGCUACAAUAAUGCAGUCUUUUCUUGCUGGUGGAAUAGCAGCAAGGAGUGAGCCAGUCUAGCUUAUUUAAGGAGCAGCCACCAAGAAGGCCCUCUUGAGAAAUGUAUCUUAGUGGUAAUUCUUUUGUGAAUGAAUUUUGAAAAGCAAUUGCAAUUGAGAUUUGUCAGGUGAGGAUUCAGCACUUGGAUGUGAAGGGCUGUGCAGAGGAUCAUGAAGGUAUCCCUUUUAUUUAUUUGUUACACUUAUCCCCUGCCUUUCCAUACAAAAGGUUUUUCUUCUGAAAACCAACCCUGUUUUUCCAUGCUCCAUCUUAUUGGCAAUUUCCCUUCUUGGGCAAGAUAGUUGAACAAGUGUACAUCACUUAUUUGGGAACACAACUGGAUAUCAGCACAGUUUUAUAAACGCCUACCAACCUGGCAUGUGGUCUCUUAAUAGCAUUGGGCAGGCCUUGAUUAACAGUUGCUGCCUGUUGAUUUAUCAAGAUUUUCCACCCCAUAGACGCUCUUAGAUCUUUGAUGCCUUUGGUAGUGUUGAUCAUGAGAUGUUUUUGGAAACACAACUGCGGGACCUGGCAGGAAUUCAAAACAUAGUUGUGGAGUGCCUGAUUACAGCAUGGAGGUCUGAUUUGUUAUCGUCCCUUUCGGACUCGGCCUGCCCUGUCCUGCCUCCUGCCCAGUGUUACAUGUUGAAUUACUGGGUAAGAUUACGUAUAAUCUAAUGUCAUCAAUAUGCUGAUGAUACCCAGCUCAUUAUUGUAGUUUAUCUGAGCCAAGCUCUGCAGUCUUCCAGGUUCAAGCCACAGCUGGAUAUUUCAUUAUGAGUGCUAAAGAAGUGCUUGCUUGAUUCAGUGUAAUAGAACAAUAUCCCAAUAGAACAAUAUGCCAUCUCAGUGUAAUAGAACAAUAUCCCAUCCUUUCUUCGGUGCAGGGGUGAGUAUAAUUAGCCUUGGACAGGUGAGAACAGCCAUACAAGUUGUGGAAGGGCAAAAUUAUCCACCUGCAGCUUUACACAUAAUUUAAGUUUGUGGUUUUUUUGUUUUUUAAAUUUUUGGUAUGACAUGCUUCGAUAAGGGCUUCCCAUGUUCACUUAAACUCUGAAAUGUAGAGAAAUUUGUGGGUCAUGCCCUUAAUAGGCAUACUUGGGCAAUGUGGAUCUUCUGUGGUUCAUUCCAGCUUCACCACUACUUUAUUUAUUUAAUUAAUUUAUGGAGCGUUUCCAAUAAAACUUCUUGAAGCAAAGUAACAAUACAAGCAUCAGCAAAUAAAAAACCAUUUCAGUUUCAGUGCAGAUACAAACUGGGAAAUCUCCACUUAAAAGGCUUGUAGGAAAACGAAGGUCUUCAGUAGCUCCUGAAAAUAAAAUAUAGAGAUGGCUGCCAGAGGCACAGUGUCACGUGAACCUGAGUCUACUAAACACAUGAGUCCAUAUAACUGAAUCAAUCAGUCCAUGUUCCAAGCACCUAACUGGUGCUUGUAAAACUGCAAGGUAUGCAUACAUCCUGGUUUUAAUAUAGAAAGCAUUAAAAGUAGUAGGUCCAGUUUGCCUAAGAGACCCCCUCUUCUUCCAUAUUUUAUAUUUAAAUUAUGGCUGCUUGUUGUGAUCCAUGGGGAUGCCCAAUAUUGUGGUGGCCCAAACAAGGGGAAGUUGGUAGUUCCUGGUUGCCCAAGCAAGACGGCGAGGAAAAAGAAGGCUAGGUAAAGGCAGCGCCUAGGAGGGAAAUAAAGGUGGGGGGUUCAGGACCAUGGAUAGGGCUCUUGCAGUGGAGACGAAACAUUCAAGUUGUCUUAGUGAGCAACUGGCUGAGUUUUGCAGCAGGCCUAGGUAGUCAUUGACUAAAUGCUCCAUUCCCCGAGUGCACCUCCCGUCAGUUAAAGGACCUUGUUCUUUCUUCUGUAGCCAUCGGUUUCUUCAAGGUAGUGGGGUUUCCAGCUAUGGAAAUCUCCAUCUCAUCCUCACAGUUGCAAUUCUGGAGGACUAACUCCAAGGAGGUCUCUUCUAGGAUCAUGACUCCCAAGACGGCAUAUGGGUUUUUGUUUGUUCAUUUAAAAAGACAAUCCAAUAAAACACAUGAUUAUUUUUUAAGAAACAAAACCCAGUAGCAAAAUGUCCCAUCACAACCUCUUAAAGAUCCACCAAGUGUGUAAUCUUUACUGUUGCAUGUGUCAUUGCUUUGAUAAGAGAAAUAAUCUCUUCCUGUCCCACUCUUAUUUAUUUCAUGGAUGUUAUAUACUACUUGUUUGUAAAAAUUCUCAAAAAAAUUAUCAAAGCAGUUUACUCUUUUGGUGAAGAACACUGUAGCUAACACCAUGCUAUAGAUAAUCAGAAACAAUAACGGCACUAAGCGAAAUAAAACAUGUCAUACAUUAUAAUAACAAUAAAAUCAAGCUGCCCCGAGUAGCCAGAGCAACCCAGUCAAAUGGGCAGGGUACAGUCAGUCUAGCUAACUAUUUAGCAAAUGCAAAAUAGUAGUGCGUUCUUGGCAGCUGCUUUGCACUUGCAGAACUCCCUCUACUUUGAGGCCCAAUGAAGUGCAAGCCUGAACAUCUUUUACAAUUAUUUCUUUGGGGGGGGGGUAGUAUUGGUUUGUUUGUGUUUGUAUAUGUAUACAGUGGUACCUCGGGUUACAUACGCUUCAGGUUACAUAUGCUUCAGGUUACAGAUUCCGCUAACCCAGAAAUAUUACCUCGGGUUAAGAACUUUGCUUCAGGAUGAGAACAGAAAUCGUGCUCCGGCGGCACAGCGGCAGCAGGAGGCCCCAUUAGCUAAAGUGGUGCUUCAGGUUAAGAACAGUUUCAGGUUAAGAAUGGACCUCCGGAACAAAUUAAGUACUUAACCUGAGGUACCACUGUAUGUAUAUGUAUGUGUUUGUCCUUGUUUUUAUUAUGUAUUUUGUAUUCCUCUCUGCCCCAAGAUCUGUGGAUGAAAGGUGGUACAUAAAUAAAAUAAAAUAAAAUAAUAAAAUAAAUUUAUAUUCCACCCUUCCUCCAAAGAAGCCCAGAGCAGUGAAGGUUUAUGUGAUUAAUACAGUUAAGAUAAAAACAUCUUUAAAAUAAGUUUACAUAUUUGUAAAUAACACAUACAGUGGUACCUGGGUUUACGAACUUAAUCCGUUCCGGAAGUCCGUUCUUAAACCAAAACCGUUCUUAAACCGAGGUGCACUUUCCCUAAUGAGGCCUCCCACUGCCGGUGCCCUUCCGCUGUUCGAAUUCUGUUCGUAGACCGAGGUAAAGUUCGCAAACCGGGACACUAUUUCUGGUUUUGCGGAGUUCAUAAACCAAGUAGUUCAUAAACAGGGCUGUUCUUAAACCAAGAUACCACUGUAUUUGUAAGAAUUUCAAGCUGCACUUUGGACAUGGGGUGGGUGGGUAGACAUUAGUAGGUUUCGGGGCUUUAGAUCCUAGUGCAUAUUUAGUUCUUAAAUUGGAUUUUAAUUUGAUACUUGGUGGGAUAUUCUGUCUUUUUCUUUUCCUGAAUUCAGUAGGACCAUCUAAAAGCCUUCAGGACUGAAAUGGCAGUUACAUCAAUAUUACAUUAGUCAAGAAAUGGAAGUGUUCAUAAUGUCAUAACAAUGCAGUCAUUUGGUAACACAGGUUUUCAUUGAAAUAUGAAUUUUUACAGUGGUCUGUUAAUUGUAGAUGAUGGUGUGCUAUACUAUGGUAACUUGCUCAUUUUUUAUGUUUGCUCAUAAAUUUACACGCACUUUUUAUCAGUUCCUCUCAUAUUCCUCUGUUUUGUCAUAUGUACAUUGAGUAGGAAACUCAAUAGUAGUGGGUUCAACUGGUUCAUAGAGAUGACCAAACAGGACCAUGCACAAUUGUUGCAGCCAGGGCAGGAAUUGGGGCAGAGGCUGGGGGCGUGUGGGUGGGUGGGUGUCCUCACCCCUGCAGGCUUUUUUCUUCUUACCAUCCUACCAGUGGGGUGGAGAAUAGCUUUUCAGCUCCAAGGAGUCAUAGAUUGGGGCCUGAUCUGUAGAUGUUUCAUCGUAAUGAGCAGGCUUUGGAUGUGGUGUCCCCAGUCCCCACUGCUGGUAAAAAGACCAUCAGCCACAGACCUUUCUUUACUGAAUUUUCUGCAGAUGUACAGGGGGCCUUCAGACUGCAUAGUGCUGCCCCUCUGGUGGAGGUGCUGUCUGGGAGCAGAGGGGCACCUCAGCCGGCCUUUGUAGGGCGCUGACCCUAAAUAAAAUUCAUUAAACGUAAGCCCUAUUUAUUGCAGUGGAGCAAGCUUCCCAAAGAAAGGUGCAGUUGUAAGAAUACUUGCAAGCAGUUCUCCCCCCCCCCCCCCAGAAAAAAAGUUGCCCGUCCUCACCAUGGAGAUGUUACAGUAAAUGCCACGUUUUUUAACAACAAGAAAAAGAGGUGCCGGUACUGCGUACCCUUGAGCAUCCCCUGAAAAAAAAGGGCACUGCUUGCAAGAAAGUAAGUCCUAUAUCCCUUUCCCAACCCCCCUGGGAAAAGGAUAUAGGUCAAGAGAUAAACAUCUAUGAAUGGAGAAGGACCCAGACAAAAAUCCCACAUAAACUAAUACCAGCAGACCUAAAAGAAAAUAUUGGAAAUAUCCGAUUUCAGUGGUACCUUAUCUCUCACAUACUAAGGGGAUGCUUAUUCUGGGACUUGCUGAACAUCGGGCUGUUCUGGAGCCUAACUGGUAGCUCAGUUAAUGAAAUGAUAGGAUACACCUUACUACUGUAUUAGAAAUAAAAUGUAUGAUUUGGGUUAUUUACAGGAUCAGAUAGCAGCAGUUGAUACGAAAAUAACUGUGAAAAUAUGCAUAGAAAACUGAAAGAAAAAUAAUCCCCCAUUAUUAAAUGAAUGGUUUGGGGUGGCAGUGCGGAAUGGAGCAUUGUAACUGAUUAAAUUAACAUUUAAGGAAGACCAGAACUUGAGCAAACAUUUGGAACACUGGUCACUAUUAAUUACUUUUUCAAAGAAAUUGUGACAAUAUACCACCCUGCCACUUUCUCACUGCUGUAAAAAGCAUUUCCUCUUUACUUUGGUUUGCUGAUAAUUUGUGGUUACUUUAUAUUUAUUUUAUCCAUCAUUUAUUGAUGUUACUUUCCUGUUGUUGUUUUUUGUUUAUGCCUAUUCUAGUCUGCAUUGUUAUGUUGAUUUAUAUAUUUUGGAAAAGUAAUUAAUUAAAAAAAAAUUAAGAAGGCAAAACCUGUUUAAUGGGUUUUGAGCAAACCUGUCUAGGGUGUGUCUUUCAGCGAGUUGUGGAUUCUAGGAGCAGAUGUUAAAAUGCCCACCAUCAAAAUAUUUUGGCAAGACAUGCAGCUCAUUGAAAGUAUUGUUCCUUGCAUCUUCCUGUUGUAUUUAAGUCUGCUUUAAUUAAAAAUUAUAUAUCCCUUUGAAUAAUAGAGAGAACGCAAAGCCAAAUGAGUAUGCCUGUGCCCCAGUUACUGAAGGCUUCAGAUAAAAAUGGUUUGCUUGUCUCCUGUCACUGUUAACAGAAGACAGAAGUUUUAACUGCCUUAUCAAAAAAGAUAAAGUAUUUGUUCUGUUACUUUUAACAUGAUAUGAUUGGGUUCUUUCAUCUCUGCCUCCCCCCUCAAAGAAAAAGUGAUGCUUGUAGGCCUACAGAUACAGCAUCUUCAAACUACAAACUAAGCAAAAGUCGCAGAGAGAUUAACAUAAUCUCUCAAGACACCAGCAUACUAGCACAAUGCUGAAAUCUUUGUUGCCAUCUAGUGGGUAUCCCUGUUGUGUGCAUGAGGUUGUGUUUUGCUGCUAAAUUUAUAAAAGCUAUCCUUCUGGCAAAGGAUGGUGCCAUUCCAUUAAAGACUGCUUCUUGGGUCUCAGAAGGAAGCAGUCCUAAUCUUUACUCGGACUUCUUUAUUUUAAGAUGUGCAACUACUCAUUCUACAUGCCUAUUUUAUAGUUGUGUUUUUCAUCUUUUAAUUUUUGUCUAUGGUUCUCUCGGUUUUAUAUACAUCCUGAAAUGAAAUAAUAAUAAACAGCAUUACAAAAAAAGAAGGGGGAGACAGCCCUAUUUAACCACCUGAGAGAUAUCACUUCUAGGGGUGCCACACUCUUUCUACUGCCUUCUGCUUUAGCACAACAGACUUUAGCUAGGCGACACCUAUUUUUGUUGCCUUUUAACCGCUGCUCUCUCCAACAACCUUUUCGGAGCUCAGAGGCAUAUUCUAUUUGGAUUUAUCAGACCGAAAGAUCGAUUGCCCCAUUCUGAACUGAGGCUGACUUGGAAUUUGGUGGCUGCUUUAGUCAGGGCCACAUCAUACCUGCCUGUUUCUACCGGUCUUGCUUGAUCUGGGAGCAGUGGCUGUUUUCUGUCACUUCUCAGCCACAGUCCUUAUUUUCCAGCACAGUGUCUAAGAUUUUCCCGAGUCCUGUGGAAGUGUCAUGGAGGUUGUGGUCGAACCCUGAGGAGGAGGAGGAAGAGCUUGGGGAUUUGAUCUUGAGGAUGCUGGGGAGGAUCCCAGGGGGUGAGGUCAUGGAGAUGCACCCUCCAAAGAAGGCUCAGGCCAAUUCUCAGAUUGCUUCCAAACGUGCAUCCUGCAGCUUCUCUAGCUGUGGAGCCACCUCUGGCACCUUCACUGUUAUGCAGGAACGCCCCCCCCCCCCUUUCAGGCGAGGCAGCUGGGAGUAAACCGGAUGCCAAGCCAGCGCCACUCCACCUUUGUCACCUGGAGACUACAGCACUGACUCACACAACAGCACCUAACCUGCCCAGUGGACGGAGUGCCUGUUUGCUUCCCAGACUCCCAACCGCUUGCAGCACUCAAUAUUGUGCUCACCCCAUCCUUCAAAAGGAAAGUGCAGGGGGCAUGUCACUUAUUGGUUCAAGAUCUUAGCUUGUGCCUAGCUAUGCCUUUGCCCUCUCAUGUAACGGCUGAUUCUUGCAACCUGUGACUUGCCUUAUGUACUGUUCUAAUCUGAAAAUAAACACCUUUAGCAAAACUGGAGUUCCAGUUCCUCGUGGGUCUGGCAGUGGUUGACAGAAGGUAGGCCUAAGUUGGUCUGCCUUGCUGGAAUUGGUGCAUCAGUGCCAUUUGAGUGUGCUUUGUAAACAGCCUUGCAUUUGAUCAUACCUUGGGCACAUAAAAUGCUUUUCUUUUCCCUUUCAUUUUUAAAUCCAAUAUUUACAUUUUGCUUUUUUUAUUUUAUUCAGGUCAAUAACAUCGGGAAACUGAAAGAUUUUCUUCUGCAGCACAGGAAAGAUUAUAUUAAUGCCUACAGGUAAGUAUUGCAAUAGGAACAGUGGGUGGGUUGGUGGUGAAGAAGGAAAACAUUCAUGGACUGAUGCACUCUCCCUUUGUGGAAAGCUCUUGUGCUAAAUUUCCACUCUGAUUACUGAACCUGUGCUCAUAGUCAAAGAAUGUUAAAUUGGUUUCCCUCUGAACAGGAAGAAUAAAAGGUUGUGGUAAAAAAGAAAGUUGUGUUUGUUUAAUGAAAAGAAGUUUUCGAACCUUGUCUGUUGUGAUGGAUUGAGAUGGCUGUGGAUGCAUGGAUUCCAGUUCAUACCUACAGCCUAUGCACUAGGAAGUUUCUGCCACCAGCUCCAGCCAAAAGACCACAGCCACUUUAGGGAUGAAGCCUGCACAUGGAAUCUGGGGGACAACCAAGCUAGCUGCCACCACCUCGCAUCACUGCCAAGGAAGUCUUUGGCCUGCUUCCCUUUUCGGCUUCGUGCCACAGCCUGUAGUGUAGAGGUGCUGUCUUGCUCAUGAGGAAAAGUUCUUUGAACUUGAAAGUCACUUCAGUCAAAACCCAAUGUUCAUUUUAAAAAACAAAGACUUGUGGUCUGGGUAAGAGGAAUAAGAAGUGGAAUGUUGAAGGAAAAUCAAAAGAUUAUUUCACAUUUGAAUAUCUAGGCAGUUUCUAAGUGCAGAUGUGCCCAAGCAGAGAUGAAGGACAACUGCUUGAAGUGUGGAAGAAAAAGCUGAUGGUUUCCAUAGUGGGAGGGAAAAUAUCUUUUGAACACACGCACACAUGUAUAUGUACCCUGUUUUUUCACUGACAGGGAUUCAAGGCAGCUUAUGGAUAAAAAUAAGAAAUAAUCUCUCUUUAAUUCUUUUUAGUCACGUGUUAGAAUGGUUAAACCACAUCACCAGGUGGCAGUGUUCAUCUUUUGGAUUUAAUAAUGGUAUUUAUUUUAUGAGAAGAGGUAACUAGUGUGGGAGCAACACGCUGACACUAGUUGCAGUGGACUUAAGGAAACAGAAGCGGAGUGUGCUAAAAUAAAAUUAACAACGCUGACUGUUUCCCCAGCCAUGUCAUGUCUGAGUAUGUGCGGAUGACAGACACUGAGCGAGACCAGAUUGACCAGGAUGCCCAGAUCUUUAUGAGAACAUGUGCUGAUGCAAUUCAGCAACUCAGAACAGAAGGUAAAUUGAUUAAAAUAAUGUGUGAGUUAUGCCAGAUGUUUAAAGCGUUUAUCUGCGAAGCGUAAUGCUUUUGUGUUUCUUUGUUUUUUUAGCACACAAGGACAUCCAUUCCCCACAAGUGAAGCAGCACAGAGAAGCUGUCCUAGAUUUCAUUGGAGACUAUUUAAAAAGUAUAUAUUUUUCUUGAAAUUGUGGUGUUUUUUAUUUUGUCUAGCCAUAAUUAUUUUCUUUAAGCUUAGACCAAAAUGCUCUGCAUUGCUGUAGCCUUUUCAUAAGUGCUUCCCUGUUUCCAUUGCUGGGACAGCUAGAGAGCCAGAGUUGCCGGGUGACAAUAAGGCAGUGGUGUAGGGAGGAAAGUUAUAGAUAUGUUGUGUCCCAAGUAACAUUUGUGGGCAACUGGAACCUUGAAUUUCAAUGCACACAAGUCAACUGGCUUUAAAAAAGCAAAGCAGAUUUCAAACUGACUUUGGAAGGAAAGCUAACAGGAGAAGAGUUUAAGUUAACUCGUUAGGGUAUCCCUAACAAGUCCACUAAAAUUAACAAGCCCAUCAAAAAUAUUACAGUUGCAAGCGGUAGAUACUUAAAGAGGGAGAAAAAUACUUUUUUUGUGCUAACACUAGAAGCCUUAAAGUCAGAAUAGGUUUGAAGUAAGAAUAUUGAACCCUUAAACUUGGUGGAGCAUCAUCACUGGUAGGUUGGGACAGCACUCUUUUGCUAGAUUAGAGUGGUUCGUGACAUCCUGAAGUGCAGUUAAUACUAAAUACUGUAGGUCAAUAGUGGUUGUAAUGGAUUUAGGGGUUGCUCGUGCGUAGGUUGCCGCCACUGCUGGCGAGGUUACCUGGUUAAACCCUUCCUGACUGAACAGCCUCCAGCAUCGUGACUGUCUCAGUCGCUGGCAGAAUCCGUCAGUGGGCGUUUCUUAAACCUUUUCCAGCAUAAAAGUUCCUUGACGCCAAGUCUCCUCCUACUCUCCCUGCGCGGAAGUCUUCUGCGCAGGGAGGGUGUGGGCAGCGGAGUACCCGUACUCUCUCCGCUGGUCUCCGGCGAGGAGUCUUGGAGCCUCCUCUCCGAUUCCCCAAUCUGCCCCCCUUCUCCACUGGUGUUAUGCUGAUUUCCUUCCCCAGCAGAUGGGCUGCCUCUCUCCCUACUGGGACCCUCUCCGGCAUCCCUCUGGAGCCUUCCCUCCGCCUCUAGCUCCGAUGGCAGUUCCCUGACAGUGGUAAACUACAGCCCUUCAUAGUUUUGAACCCCUGAUAUGGGAUGCGGAUUAGACUGAGGCUUAGUGUAGCUUUCAACUACCCUGCAGUGUUGUCUAUUCCUUUUGUUAGGAAACAAAGGGGGAGCACAUAGUAGAAAUUUUAUAAAGUUAUGAACAAUGUGAAGUGAACUUUAUUCUGUGCAGACUACUUUUCUCUUAAUAAAAAAUUAUAAUUCAUGCCUAUUCAAUAAAAUUGAUUGGUAAUAAAGUUCAGAACACACAACUUUGAUAAAAUCCAUUUAUUAGGUAUAGUGAGAACAGGUCUACCAAUGACUAUUAGCUCUAAUAGCUCAAAAAUUGAUCCUCUAUGUUCAGAAGUGCUAUGUCAAAGAGGUAGCAUAUACUACAGAGGUGGUAUAUUGUCAGUCAGACAUCCAUCAUAUUCAACCUGUGAGUUUUACAGGUUCAUCUGGGUGGUUCCUGAUCUAGCAAGACAUUUUUUAUGUUAAUGUAUACCAUUUUCCUCUUGUUUACAUGGCAUCUUCAUAACUAUAAAGGAGUGUGUAAGCUGUAUUCAGAACAAAGGGCUAUCCGGGUCAAGCGAGUAGUUGAUAAGAAAAGAUUGUAAGUAAUAUUCCUUUAAAUCCGUGCUUUUGAUUUUCUUUGGAACUCUCAUUAAAUCUGUGAGCAGGUGAUGGUGUUUCCUACUUGGCAGGGGGUUGGACUCGAUGGCCCUUGUGGUCUCUUCCAACUCUAUGAUUCUAUGAUUCUAUGAUUCUAUGAAAUGUCUCAAUGAUAAAUAGGUAUGUUCUUCAUUCACUUGCCUCAGAAAGCCAAACUGCACCUUACAAGGGAUGCACAAAAGCGCAGGAUCCCAAAGAGGAAGAUUCUCCUGCUUUGCUCCUCCCCAGUCCUUUUCGUUUCUUCACUGCUUUGGUUUGGUUUAGUAUGUCGUCAGAAUCUGGGCUUGUGUAUAAGCUCUCUCCUCGCUAACCACAAAUCAUAGGCAAGAACGAAACCUUGGCUGCUGCUGAAGGAGAGAGCUUAACCACAAGCCUGGGUUUGCAUGACACCCUAAGACAUGGGUAGGCAAACUAAAGCCCAGGGGCUGGAUCCGGCCCAGUUGCCUUCUGGAUCCGGCUUGAGGACCGUCUGGUGUGGAUCUGAUUGUUCGGGCUGUGCUAGUGCACGCGUUCGGCAGCGCCUCCUCCCUCCCUCCUCCUGGCUUCUGCCUAGAGCUGAGAGGAAAGGGGCAGGGCUUUGUUGGUGACAACAGCAGCAGCGCUAGCGCUCAAGCGGCCGCCAUUGUAAGCAGGCUCAAUUCGGGCUUUGUUGCUGCCAGCCCCUCUCCAGAGCCCUUUUGUGCGCCGCUCAUCAUCCCGCCACCGCCAGCCCCUGCCCUCGCAAGACACAGGUAAGCAGCCACCGGGGCUCGUCCAGUGCUGUGGAGAAGGGAGGGGAGAGUCGGGGUGGUGGCUUACCUGAGUAGAAUAUGUCCUUUUAUUUAAAAUGCAUCCCUGGGUUAUUUGUGGGAAUUCGUUCAUUUUUUUCCAAAAUAUAGUCCAGCCCCCCACAAGGUCUGAGGGACAGUGGACCAGCCCCCUGCUGAAAAAGUUUGCCAACCUCUGCCCUGAGACAAACCUUGGUUUAGUUGAGUACAACAUGGGAGUAAAAACGUUUGGGGCGGAGCAAUACAGAUGCAAACUCCUCUCCAGGAAUUUGCAUGGUCCUAACAAGCCAUCCAUAGCUUCACUUACUGCAGCUUGCACAAGAAGGCGUUCUCCCUCUUCCAUCUCUCUUUCUCACGCCCACAUACUUUUUCUCCAGUUUUGAGUGUGACACAAACAUUGAAUUUCUUUUUACUUUCUUGUAGAGUUGGUUUACAACAACCUUCCAAGGGUUUCGUUUGUUUGCUUCCCUCCAUUUUUAUCUUGCCUUUGGUGUUCUGUAAGGCUCUCAGGGUAACUUAGUUUCAUUAAACUCUGCUAAAGGUUUGCCAUGUUAAUUCAGCAGCAAAGUGAAGUAUUAAUGUGGGGAAAUGCACGUGCCUGGAUGCUUAGCCGUUCUUGCCUCAUGUCAUUGAAGCCACUGCUGUUAGACCUCAUGCCGAAAAAUGGGAAGAACCAUGUUUCUCUUCCUUACUGAGACUAGUAGCUUUAAAGUGUAUGUUCACAGGAGUUUUAGGGGAAAUGAUUCGGAGGGCCACAACCUCUCCAACCUGCAAUUAUUUCCUAAUAGAGCAACCAUCAAAUCUGGGCAUAAUAGUAGGAAGCGGAAACUUCUGGAUCUUUAGACUCAACCCCCACACUCAUGGACUUAAUCUGGAGGGCAACACUUAAUUUCUCUCUUGUUAUUUUUUAUUUUAAAAAGCCUUUUGUACAUGCCACACUUCUUAAAAUUAUUCUGAGUAUUCUUAAUGCAAAGGUGGAGAUGUUUUACAAAGCAGUGUUAAAUCUCUCUAUUCCAACAUUUAUUUAUUUUCCAUGUAUUAUUGCUGAGUAUUGGUCAGCACCUUCCAGAGCCUGUUUAUUUACAGCGCUGCCUGACUGGUUUUAAGAUUACAAAACCAGUCGUGUAGAGCACCUGCUUUCCCAGGUAGGACUGGGAGAGACUUGUGCCUUUAAGCCUGGAGAUCUCUUGCUCAUCAGUGUAGACCAUGGUUCUUCAACCUUGGAUCCUCAAGGCUAGGGAUGAUGAGACUUGUAGUUGUUCAACAUUUGGGAAUGCAGGAACACUGGUGUAGACAGUACUGAACUAUGUGGACUAAUGGUCUAGUUCCAUAUAAGGCAGCUUCUUAUGUUCUGCAAUUUAUUACAGAAAAUAUACAUAUUUUAGCACUAUUUCCAGACACAUAAUUCAUUAUAGAAUAGAAGCAUCAUUUUUAAAGAUCUGUACAUGGCUCUUUUGGGAAAGCAAUUGCAAAGUUCCAGAUGCCACCAGAGCAGCAACUGUUAGCUCUUACUGCAUGAAAGGAACUUGACGUUACAGAGGCAGGCAAGGAGGAGGGGUAUCUCAUCUGUUGCCUUAUCAUAUGGCACCACAGUGCCAAUUGCUGUGUGUAUAAACCUGCCCCAACUUUCCUCCAGCUGAAGGGAGAGAUGCGCUAUUCCAGCAUAAUGGACCAUGGUAUGAGCCUGUAGCUGCACUUGAUUUUGGUUUGCUUGCUCUUAAUUGUUUAUGUAUUUGCUCAUUUAGAUCCAGGCUUGAGCCAGAACAGAGUGAUAAAUCCAAAGUAACUUCUUCUCCUGAAAGAACUGCUCAAACAACUUCGGAAGAAUCUGAAGAGAAACUCACUUGUGAAGACAACAGAGGUGAUAUUUCAGUCCGGUUCUGUGUCCAUGUUCCACUUUUUAGCGGUGGUGUGUUUGUAUGUGAUGAGCAUUUGCUCAGGUUUUUUGCACUUUGGCAUUUGUUGAUUCAGCAGUGAACAGUGGGUUUACUGGAAAUCAUGGGACAUGGGGGCCCGGAGUGUGACAUGGGGAGAAACUUGUCUGCUUUGGCCUUCCCUGAAAGACCUCAUGGGAGUGAGAGAGAAGGAGACUCUACAGACAGGGAUGCAUGGUUUCUCCUAUGGGGCUUCAGCAGCAUAUGGGUCAACUAGAAUAAUUCCAGUCCGUCCUGAACUGACUGAAAACAAUGCAUCCACUACAGACUGGGUUACUGCAAGAUUGGAUUUCUGCAGUGCACUCUCUCUGGGGUUUCCCUUGCACUUGAUCCAGAAGCUGCAGUUAGCGCAGAGUGCUGCAACACUCCCAAGGCCUUGUCAGCAUAGAACUGGUGUGCUCAGAGGACUGCUUCUGGGCCAGGUUCAAGGUGUGGCUAUUAGUACGCAAAACCCUUAAUAAUUUGGGACCAGUUUACCAAUGAGAUGGCCUUACCCCACAUGUGCCCCUUUGACCGCUUUGAUGGGCUGAAUUUGCACCACCACAUAUGCCAUAUAAUACCCAUCCCACAUUUUUAAGAGAUUAAUCGUUUAGUGUGGCAGCGCUUACGCUCCCUGUCUGUUGAGAUUAAGCAGGUGCCUUCACUGUACAGUAGUACCUCGGGUUACAAACGCUUUGGGUUACAAACUCCACUAACCCGGAAGUAGUACCUCGGUUACAAACCUUGCCCCAGGAUGAGAACAGAAAUCACGCGCCAGGGGUAGUCCCAAUUAGCAAAAGCGUGCCUCAGGUUAAGAACAGUUUCGGGUUAAGAACGGACCUCGGGAACGAAUUAAGUUUGUAACCUGAGGUACCACUGUACUCCUUUUCGGUGUUUGCUAAAAGCAUCCUUGUAUCAGACAACCCUACCUCAAUUAGAAAUCUGUUUUAAUAUUUUAAUAUUUGUAAUUUUUUAAAAGUAGGGUUGCGAAUGUUUUCUUGGUUUUACUGUUCGGUCAUCUAUAAACCACUGUUCCAUUACAAUCAAGCAAUGUAUAAAUUUUCUGAAAUAAAUAAGUGUGCAAACGUGAAAAUUGCAUUCCCCCUGUGUUUCAUGUAGGAGACAGGCUGCUAUGGUGACCAGAGCUAAUCUGGGACUAAGGGCACCUGCUUCUGUGAGCUCUCUCCUUCCCCUUUUUCUUGAUAUUCAUCCCGGUUGCAGUUGCCUAACAAUAAGAGCACUGGCACUGGUAGUACUUAAAAUUAAUUGGUUCCUAGGGGCUAAUAAAGGGAACUCGGUGGAAUUAACGUUCUGUCUGCCAAGCGUUGCAUCUUGCCAGGUGGACCAGGCGGCCCUCUCCUCUCCCCACCUUGCUGUUUUUGGGGGUUCUCCCAGUCCCCUCCCAGCCAAUUUUGGGUAAUGUAGGGGAAGCAGGGGAAGCCCUGUUGUGCAAGCAGAAGUCCUUGUGUGUAGUAGAAUAAUCUUCCCCACUCUUUCUCUGUUUGUAGUUCUGUAAGCUGACUUUUUCUGGUUUUGCCAAUAUUGUAAAUAAGCAUAGGGCUGUAGGUGAUAGCUGGCACUUUUAAAUGAAAACCACAUUGGCUUUUUGUUCAAAGUGUGGAUAUAGUUAAAGCAAACAUGAAUAUAUCCUUCAGUUAAACAAAACAAUCUGAUUUCAGAGCUGUGUACUUCAAUUAACAUAGCUUUAGUUUGCAGAAUUGGUACCAUUGAAUGCAAGAGAGAUUAUCUGCUUCUGAAUAAUAAGCAGAUAUUCUGUUCACAGCACCAGUGUGUACCUUACGCAGGGAAAGGCUAUUUCUUGUCAAACCAGCAUCAUUUCCCUUCCCAGUUCCUUCAGGCAGUGUCAUUUUUUGAGGUAGGUCAUCAGAUUUCAUAAAGGUUGCACAAGAAGGUGGGAGAUGGGGAAAAGGCAUUUCCGGAAAAAGCUAUCAAACCUCUGGCAUUUGGGGGGGGGGAGUUUUUUAGUUUUCAGUGCUUGAUGUUGUAUUGUGUUUUUACUAUUUUUGUUGGGAGCCAUCCAGAGUGGGAUAUAAAAUAAUGUUGUUGUUGUUGAAGCGUAAACAGAAGGGAUUUUUUUAAAAAAAUCAGGAAGUAGGAACAAAAGAUAUGGAACUGGGUGUGAAUUAAUGAAACCACUGCCACAGUGUCCUUUCUCUUGGCAGAUCAAGAUGAGCAGGUGACAGCAAAGGUUGCAAGGUUUUUAGCUGGGGCAAUCAAAAUAUUUGACUGUUGAUUUAAAACCCUAAAAUGUAUUUUAUAUAAUUGACUUUUUACUUCUAUUCUUUAUAUAUCGUAUUGUUGUUUUAUUGCUAUGGCCGAUGGCUGUCGCAAAUAAAGAAUCAUUAAUUUUUAAAUGAAUACAUAAUAAUAAAAGAACCAUGGAAUAUUAUGUUAAUAUAUAAUCACAGUGGAGAGACUCUUGUUUCUCCCUUGAAAGAAGAAAUGUAGCUUUGAUUUAAUGUGGCAGGGGCCCUUUCCAUGCCACUGUCACUGUUCCAAAAAUGUUUCAUCUGCCUUUUUCAGCCUUUGUUUUAAUAAAGAAGAGAACAGUAAUUCCAGACACCAUGCCUAGUUACAGAGCCUAAUGUGGGAGGUGUCUUUCAGUAUAAUACCUCAUCCAGAAUUGUUUUUAAACAGAAGUCCCCUGAAAGGCUUCCCAAGAGAAGCGAGCAUCUCACACGGCAACAUUGCCGGUCUAAUCGAAAACACUUUCAGAGACAAGAAUAUAAACAAGUACAAAUUAAGCAAAACACAUCUCACUCAAGGAUCUUGGUAGGAAAAUAAUGUUCACAACUAAUGGCAGGCUUCAAACAUAAAAUAAAGUGCAGCAGUACCCUAUCUAGUUUUGUACCCCUUGGAAAAUUGAACAGCCAACAUGCUUAAGUUGAGUAUGGAGACUUUUAACACUAUAUCCCAGCAGGUGCGUUUGGUGCCUUAACCCAGGGGUCAGCAACCUUUUUCAGCUGUGGGCGGUCCACUGUCCCUCAGACCAUGUGGGGGGCUGGGCUAUAUUGGGGGGGGGAAUGAACGAAUUCCUAUGCCCCACAAAUAACCCAGAGAUGCAUUUUAAAUAAAAUCACACAUUCUACUCAUGUAAAAACACCAGGCUGGCCCCACGAAUAACCCAGAGAUGCAUUUUAAAUAAAAGGACACAUUCUACUCUUGUAAAAACACGCUGAUUCCUGGACCGUUCGCAGGCUGGAUUGAGAAGGCGAUUGGGCCACAUCCGGCCCUGGGGCCUGAGGUUGCCUACCCCUGCCUUAACUGAUGUUACUUUUUGCCAGUGUUGAAAAUAUCAGAAAACCACUGGAUUCCGUUUGAAGGAAGACAAACAAAAACAGCUUGGGCUUUUCUAUAUGAAUGUUACAUUACACUAAAAUAUUCCACUCUCCCAGAGAGGUACCUCUUUUGGGGGUAGAAGUGUAAGCAUGGGUCACUUAUCCCCCCAAACCCCCUUUAUGUAAUGCAAGUAGGCAACUAAUAAUAUCAGGAGUGCUCUGGGUCAUGUUCUAAAAAGUACCUUUUUUGCAUAAUUUAGAAAUGUCUGCUGAUUGAAUGUGGAUGAUUCUCUGCCGCAGGGAACGGCAUAAAACAGCUUUUUUAGCACCCUUUUAAAACAACUUUUUAAGCACUGAACAUUCAGCCACUCAGCUGAUUCCUUUUUUAAAAUGUGAAGCUUUUAUCCCUCCCACCUUCCUUUGCCUUGUUUCUGCAAGCGGCACAAAAGGGUUUGAGGCAACCUCAGCUUUAAAGCUUCUGAAAGUGCAGUACUGUAUCAGUUAAGAAUAUGAGCAUCUCAACAUCUCCAAUAAGAGGAAGAAGUCUGGUGGCAGGAAUUAAAAGCUGGCUUUUAAAAUUGAGGCAAAUAAAAUUAUGGACAGUUCAGUUAUUGCUGAACUAGGAAUAAUAUUAAAUAGGUCUAGCAGUUUUUGGCUACAUGUUGAGCAUAGUUUGUUUCUUCUUUUGCAGAUAAGAAUGUGAUAGAUGAACACACUAAUUUUGGACUUUGGGGUGAUGGCAAAGGAGAAGAUGAGCUUUCACCUGAAGAAAUCCAAAUGGUAAGUUGCAUUUUCUACCAGUUUGUUGACGUUCUCCCUAGCUAGCUAUAUCUACGGAUAUUGAAAAUGGAAUAAGUCCAAUGCAUACACUGAGUCAUUUGCCUUUUCUGCUAAGCAACGCUUUAACAAAUGCACCCUGCGCGUUUGCUUCUCUGAUUCUUUUUGUCAGUACCUACUUAAAAUUCUUAAUCAUAUGAUUGGGAAGGUGAUUGUUGUCAAGCCAUUAUGUUCGUGGGAAAGUAUUUUUCAGCAAUUAAGACUGCCCUUUAAGAUUUUAAAUUAUUGCUUUAAAUCUCUACUAUAAAUAGUUAUUUCUGUUCACAAGCAGAUGGAGCUAUUCUAACAUUAAGAAUCAUAAAGAAACUUCCCAAAGAAGAUACUGUAAUUUCUUAUACUUACUUUUCCAUACUACCUCUGGCCUUCCAGAUGUGGAUUAAUUACAGCUCCCAUCAUCCAUUGCCAUUGGCCAUGCUUGCUGGGACGGAUGGGAAUUCUAGUCCAGCAACUUUGAGAGAGCCAAAGGUUCCCCAUACCUGGUAUAUGAUGAGGAUAUUAUUAUGAAUCCACUGGUACAAAAAUCUCUUAAGGACAUUUUAAGGGCCUUCCAUGCCACACAAUGCUAUUGUUGCAUUAUGAUGGGAUUUCAAGCUCAGUGCCUCAAAAUCAGAGGGAUCAGUGCUGCUUUCUGCUCACCUGGCCCCUCCCUCAUGUGGUGCGGUUGUGCUAGACCAGGCCGGCAUAGGCAAACUCGGCCCUCCAGAUGUUUUGAGACUACAAUCCCCAUCAUCCCUGACCGCUGGUCCUGUUAGCUAGGAAUCAUGGGAUUUGUAGUCCCAAAACAUCUGGAGGGCCGAGUUUGCCUAUGCCUGGGCUAGACCGAGGACAUAGGCAUUCGGGGCUAGGACGGGGAUACAGUGCCACCAGUUUCCCUUCAAACUUAAUUGCUUACCUUUUCUGAUUGCUUAUAUGGGACCAUAAUUCUGGAGACGUCUUGGGACCAUAAUUCUGGAGAGUUUUGUCUUUCAAGACAUGUAAGAUACAGCAGCAUAUGACCAUAUUUUGACUUAAUUCUCUUUAUGAAAUCAGUACACAUGUUGCUUAACCACAUCUCUACUUACCAUGCCUUUAACUAGAAAUUCAGAUAGGUAGGUGUUCAGUCAUUUUCUGCAUGUGAUCUUCUGCCUCCAUUUUGAUGUUUAAAACUGAAGGUCUUUGUUCUCAUGUGAAUGAAGGGAAAUCCAAUUUUUGUACACAAUCACAAUACAUCCUAUCAUGAUUGCAGUAACACUUCAAAGUCUCACUGAUUUCAAGGAAAGAAUUAAGAAAGCCCUUUAAUCUUUGAAAUACAGUGGUCUUGCAAUGCUCCACUCUACCUAGAUCAUACCUGUAAGCUCUUUCUCUUCAGCCAUGUAAUUGAAUUCUAAAGCAUCCAGCUAAUUAGCUAAGUGGAUUUCAAACAUUUUCUUUCUUCUCUUUAUAUACUCCUUUAUAUCAGGAAACUUAGACUGUCCAAUUUCAUGAAAAUUAUGCUAAAUUAAACUAGCUGCUAAGAUGGAAAGAAAUAUUGAAAACACUGCAGAAGUUUUAUAUUAAAAUGUGUUUGGGGAAAUUGCAACCAAAAGGGCUGCAGGCUGGUUUACGAAACAUUUUUAUGCGAUAAUUUGAAUUUUCCUUACCCCCGCUAACACAUUAAGGACUUUAUAGUUCUUAUAAGAACACGGCAUAGUGUUUAGUUAGAUAAAGUAAAAUCGUGUUCUGUUCUAUCUAAUUUUCCCAAGCUACUUUCAUUUUAUUGUUUUGUUCUUUCAGGGAAAUAAUUUGUUUUGCAUUUUAAAAUGUCUGUACUGGAACAGUAAUAAAGGACUUUAUUCUGGGUAAUAUAUCCUUUGAGUAGAUCCAUUAAAAUCAGUGGAACUACUUUGUGUAUAACUAAUGUUGGAUAUCACCCUCCGUUAACUAACUCGGGCUCUCUUUGUGUCAUUAUACAGGUUAUCACAUCACACCAUCAGUUUGCAACCACUUACCUUAUUUCUCUUAAGAAAAUCUGUGUUUGAGCAUUGUAGAAUCAUAUUUCCAGUUUCUAUCAUGUAAAUUAUUUUGAGUAUAUACUGUUCUGUCCAACUUCAUGUUCAUAUGACUGCUUUGUAAUAGAUUAUUAGUCCAAGAGGCUUUCCAAAAGCUACAUUUAUCUAAGAUAUGUUUUUGAGGAUUAAAGGGUCUUUCCAAAGGAACAUUAAAGUGAAAGUGCUCUCUAUAUUACAGGUUACUUUGCUUCAAAUAGGAAAGCACUGAAAAUCCUGACUACUCCUUUCAGAAAUUAAUGGGCCUAAUUCAGCAUUGUAAAACCCAACAUUGACCGUGGUGUAACUUACUCAGAUUGGUAGAAAGUCCCAGGUUCCUGGUAAACCGUAUUUUCCCGUGCAUAAUAUGCCCCCUAUUUUGGGGGGACUCCAAAUUAAGAAAACACCCCUCAGCACUACCCAUGUAUAAGACGAGCCCCAAUUUUAAACCUAAUUUUUUGGUAAAUAAACCUAGUCAAACAUGGAAAAAUACGGUAAUUAUCAGCCUUCAUAAGCAGUCAUUGCUGCCCAAGUGUUUGUGAAUGCUCCAUUUCCAGAGGCUUUGAAUCCCUGCACAUCAAAUUUCAUGGUUUAUUUUGUGGGUGUGCCUGAGGAUGGAAUGACCUUUGAGCCUUGUUGUUAUUAUUGUUAACUUUCUCUUCCCAGUUCGAGCAGGAAAAUCAGCGCCUUGUCGGAGAAAUGAACAGCCUGUUUGAUGAAGUGAGGUACAGCCUUCCCCGCACCCUCGCCUGCCCUUGCGGCACAUAGAAUGUGCUUUCCAAUCCACUUUAUGUACAUACAUACAUUUGUAUGUCACCUUUCCAUGCUCACGGUCGCACACAACAUGAAAACAGAUACAUAACCACCACAUGACAAAAGUAGUAAUUGCCCAGAUUACCAAACUGCGUGAUUUCCACACAAAACACAAGAAGAUCUAAAAUAAAGAUAUGAAAAAACCAACAGCAACAACUCCCCACCAACAGAAUGCCCCCAGCCCACGAGUCUGGUCAGCAGCCUCAGCUUUUGCAGCUGGAGUCAGUCAAGGCCUUCCCCUCUCCGGCCAGGUGGAAAAGGCCUGCAAGGCAGGGAGCAGGUCUUCCGGGACUCACAGCCAGGAUGGCCUCUGGCCUCUUCAGCAGCCUCAGCCUUUGUAGCUGGAGUCCGUCAGGGCCCCUAAUCUCAAGGUCGUGGAUUCAAACCCCACGUUGGGCAAAAGAUUCCUGCAUCACAGGGGGUCGUACUAAAUGACUCUUGUGGUCCCUUCCAACUCUACAAUUCUAUCAUUCUAGGUGGGGAACGGUCUGCAAGGCAGGGAGCAGAGCUUCACAGCCAAGAUGUAGAUAUAGUUUCACAGUUUCUUUUCAUAAAUCUGCUGCUAGAUAAGUGGAGCUGAAAGAUUCAUUUUACUGAGCUUAUGCACAAUUUGAACCACUCUUCAUGUUUGCUAGUUUUUUGAUAAAUUGGACAACACAGUUUUCUGACUAACACCACCUUAUACAGAGUCAGAAAUAGGUCAUCUUGCCCAUUUCAGCUAUCUUCAACCUGUUCAUAUCUAUCCACUUUUAACGUUAUAGGGAUACUUUAUUCUCUCUCUCUCUCUAUUACACAUCAAUACAGAAGCCAUUAGCUAGUGAUCUACUGAGUUAAAAUUUAUUUUUGCUAAUCUGCUUCGCUUGGCUUGCAAUUCUCCAUUCGUAAGAAAUGCUCCAUAUUACAUUUACUUAAGUUUGAAAGAAAUUAAAAAUGUUUGUACUUACAUGGCUUUUUAAUUUUUUUAAAUAGACAAAUUGAAGGGAAGGUGGUUGAAAUAUCUAGACUUCAAGAGAUAUUCACAGAAAAGGUCUUACAGCAGGUAAAUACCACAGGGAGGUGGUUGGUUGGCUCAUUGUAUUCUAGUAUUUUUCCAGUAGGUAAAAAGGCUGCAGUUAAGAGAGGCAAAAUGAGUGAUUGAGCACAAAAAGGCAGGCAUAGUAUAAGAAUAAAAUGUGAGUUCCAUAGGGACUCCACUGCACUGAAGGGGACUUCUGCCGCUCAAAUGGGCUUCGGGAAGAUGUCCUGGACAUGUUCAGGGGCAUUGCUGCCACGGAUGCUUUAGCUGAGAUUCCUGCAUUGCAGAGGGUUGGACUAGAUGACCCUCAGGGUAUCUUCCAACUCUACAAUUAAAUGAUUCUGUGCAGUUUGAUUAUGACCUGUUUUUUACUUUGUAUAUUUCAACUUACUUAAAAGGAAGCCGAGAUUGACAGUAUCCACCACUUAGUUGUGGGUGCAACAGAGAACAUCAAGGAAGGAAAUGAAGACAUAAGAGAGGUAAUGUCUGCCUCCCCCCCUUUUCUAAAAAUCAAAUACUACUUGACCUUAACAGACUGCCUGUAAUGUAUUUUGAGAGAACACUGACACCCUUGUUAGUCAGACACAUGGUCCUUCCUCCAUAAAGCCACUUUUAAAAUGUUCUUAAGGAAAACAAAUCUCAUCCCUGGGCAAGUAAUGGCAUGGUCUUUGGGCUUUGCUUUCUCCGCAUCAAUAGGAAAUAAACGCCCAUUUUACAUGAAGACUUGAGAAGCUUCUGGUUUCAGCAGCUGGGUCUUGAAAAAAAGUGAAAUGGUGGUAAUAGUCUGAGUAUACUUAGUGCUUACUAGAGAAAGCUAUUUCAUCCUUUAUCUUCUGUUUGUUGAAGUCUUGUGCAUAAAACUGAGCCAGAUGUUUAAUCGAAUUUAAGUUUUUCCAGGCUGCUUACUAUGUUGUUGUUGUUUAAAAAAGGGUGUCUAAAAUAGGAACUCCCGGUAGAUGUAACUUUUCAUCAGUGGCCAUAGAGGGCCUUUCACCUGUGAUAUGACCCAAGAUUUGCAGUUUCAUCAACCCAAACACUGCUUCAGUCUUGCUGGUGCUCAUUCGAUAGGUGGCCCACCUUUUAUAAUAUUUCAUAGCAGUGAUCUACGUCAGCCCCCUGCAAUUCAUUGUGCCGUAUUCUUAAAAGAUGUGAUUCAUGCGGUCAGGCUUCCCAUCGGCGUCUCCUUUGGAGGCUGGGCUGGGUGGGCCUUCAGCCUGAUCCAGCAGGCUCUUCUUAUGUUCAUGUGCAGCUAAAGAUGUGAAGACCUGUCUUUAGCCAUUACUGCUAAAUAAUAGUAUUCAGGGCUCAAACUGGAAAAGAUUUUGCCUUGUCCUGAAUUAGACCCUUUUGAGAGAAAUCAUGAUUUAUUUUUUCCCUACAGGCAAUCAAGAAUAAUGCUGGAUUUCGUGUGUGGAUCCUCUUCUUCCUUGUGAUGUGUUCCUUUUCUUUGUUAUUCUUGGACUGGUAUGGUAGCUAACCCUGGCCCAUUCAUUAUUCAUAUAGCCCUGACCAAAAUCUGCUGAAGCCACCUGGGACGGACACUGGCUGAAGAUGUUUUCUUUACAAAGCAACACGUCUUGUAUUUCAUGCAUCAUCAUGGUCGAAAUACCUUGACCAGACAUGUGCAUUUCUACACCUUCUGCUACAGGACGUACUGGUACAACUGGAAGUUAGGUUUAGUGUAAGUUCACACAGGGAACUGUUGUGGUGCAUCAACGAACAUAGCUUUUUAGCUAUUUACCCAAUAUUUUAUUACAAUGGUCUCUUUCUAAAUAUUUUUGCACACAUGGAUUGCUGGUGGGAGUUUUGCAGUGCUGCUCAGUGACCAAGCAACUGAAGUUCACAGCAAGUCCUAGAGUCUCAUCUGUCAACAAAGUUCAUACAUGACAGGUUGAAAAAAAUCAAACUGAUGGCCUAAAUGAACCUUAUUCCAGAAAGGCAAAAUAAAUUCCAGAUUGCAUUGAAAAGGAAAGGUUUGACUGUUUAGCAUGUGAUUCUUCACAGUUGGCAUUUCAAUUUACAACAAAACUGCUUUCCAUUUCUUUCUUUUUUCAUAAAUGUACCACUAUAGAAAACAAAGUAAUCCAAAUUCUUCAAUCGUAGACAUGUAGAAUAAUCAUCAUAGGAAAACUUGAGGUGAAUGUUGCCAUAAGUACAGUGAUUGGAAUCCUUCAUUUCUGAUUGAUUUUAAAUGCAAUAAUACAUAUGUCUAUGUCAACAUACUGAGCUUGAGACUUGGUUAUCCUCCUUUUUCUUUAUUUUACACAGAGUGAAAAUGUCAAAAGUUACAUGUGAAUUUACAUUCAAUAAAGUACCUGACUACUAGGAAAUACAAACAUGGUAUAGUUUAAUAUGUUUAUAUGGGACCGAACUUUUUUUUCAAAAUGCAAAAGAAAGAUUUGGCACAUAAUUUAUUGCUUUUAUGCAUUCCACACAGCAAUGAUGACAUACUAAAAGUUCUUUUACAACAUGAAACUAUGUCCAGUAUGAAAAGUUCUUAAUGAAAAAAACAACUGGCUUUUGCUAAGCGGGCUCGUGAUGCUGAAAUGUAUCGGGAGAAAAUGUAACCAGAAGUGGAACCAACCAUGUUUGUUCUACUACAUAUGUGUUUUUGGAAAGCAUGUGUCUACAAAAAUAAUGAAACUUUUGACAUGUCCACUGGGAAGUAGCACAUUCAGAGCAUGAACAAAAAUAGCAGCUGAGUGCUUUGAUCCAGUGAUGACCAACCCUUCGGUCAACUGUACGCAAGUCAAGGCCCAGGUUUGAGAGAGUAUAAUUCUGGUGCAGUGCUUUUCAACCAGGGGUACUUGUACCAUUGGACAUCCUGUCAAGUGCCACUACUUAUAAAGCAUUGCUCUGGCGCCUCUGCAGUGCAUGCUAGCACAAAAGCACAGCACUGGACACAUGGCAAGAGGCAAAGCCAAUCUCUGAGCCACAGCCUGCCACGCAACAUUUCCGUGGUUUAUUCCAGGCGUGCUACAGGUUGACCACCCAAUGUUUAAGCCGCUUUUUCCAGUGAUAAAGUUAAUGAAAAUAUUUAUGUAAUGUACGUUGAAAGGUUUAUAAAUAAUAAACAUGUAAUAGUUUAGAAACUUGCCAACACAAUAAACGUGCACCUACAAUUCUAGGCUUGUCUACUACUCCCCCCACCCAUCACCCACCCCAUCCAAGUUUAUCUCAAGAAGGCAGCCUGUCUCCUAUUCUCCCUUUCCCCACAUGCCAUUUCAGAAAUGCAAUGGGAAUAGGGCUCUUUUUAUGCAUUUAAUGCAUUUUCUCCCUCACACCCAGUUCUAAAAUGUUUACAUGAAAGUCCCACUGAGUCCAGUGGAACUGUUUUCCGGGUAAAUAUGCUUAGGGUUGCAGCCUUAAUGUCUAAAGAUUAGAAAAUGCCCAAACGGUGCUGCUAACGCAAAGCAUUUUGCAACAUAUAAAAAGGGAAAUCUUUUAAUGUUGUACAAAAAGAGAAAGUUCUAAGAAAACUGCUCCUCCUGUCGUGUUGCACAUAUUACAUUGUGGGCUACCUCUACAGUGGCUUUUUUUGUCUGUUCCGUAGGGCUCCACUACUUAUCAGAAUAUUUUGCCGCCUAACAUUUUUGCACAUUCACUAAACAUCAUGAUCCACCAUUAAAAUGUACAUUUCCAUAGUGUCUGUUUUGUGUCAGUGCAAGUCCAUAUACAAGAUUCUCUAGCCAUAGUGGAAAUGCAGUGAAAUGUUCACAGCUUUAACAAAACAACAAUUAAGCAUGCCUUGUUGCAAAGAACUUAAUUACUUCUAACAUAUCUGUUACAGUGAGAAAAAACAGGCCAACUUUAUUUUUUGGUACUCAUCUUGGAGUCGCAAACCAAUUUUAAAUACAGUUUAUAACUAACCCACAUAAUUUCUAGUUAUGGCUAUGAUAACUCAGAUUGCAAAACUGAUUUUAAAACAAAACAUUAGUACACACAGUAAAAUGCACAAUUCUCCCCUGUGUCCAAACCCCUGGAUGGCUCAAUGGAAUUCUAAACUGCAAGAAGGUACCUAAGUUGGAAUUAUUAACAGAGAAACUGGUGUUAAAGCUCUAAAGCAAUGCUGAUAUGCACUUGGCCAUUAAUGGUCUAAGUUUUUAUUUUCUUAUUUUUCCUUUUUGCAAAGCAGUUAUCGGCAAACCAAAGCAAUUGCACCAUAAAUAUGAGUAACCUCUAAAUUAUCCAUAACAAUGAGACGUUCGAUGAAAGCCCCCUUGAUACCUUCCAAUCAACAAGAUCAAUCACGUUAAGCCGAUUUCUCAGCUGCUUCAGUCUCCUGCUCAGAAAGUUUCUCUUCUGAAAGCACUGUCAUCCACGGAGAUACGGAUCGCGUGAUCGUUUGUUUGGCCAGGUUGUAGUGGUUUAUAACUGUAUAAAAUUUCCCUCUAGCACUAGAGUCUUGUUCAGAGUAGUAGUUCUCUAAUCCAGCCGGAAUGCAUUGAUUGUUCUGAAAGACAGUCAUUUCAAUGUAUUUAAAUUAUUUCUAGGCCAUUUUUCUAUUGUUGUUUGUAAUUUAAUUUAAUCCAUGGUGGGUAACAAGAAUAAAACAAAUAUAACAGAGCAGGACAACAAACGUGCCCACCUUAACUUCUGCACCAUGAAACUAAAAACACAGUCUUCUAGCCUUGCAUAUUGUACUUGCUUACAACACCCAUGUACCCACCCUUUCCCUGGGUUUUCAUCCUGUGCAAGUUGAAGGAAUACUGAAGUUUUCUCCUAAAUUCUCACUCAGUCCACUGUGGGUACACUUUGUCACACAGGAAGACCCUAGAAAGAUACACCAUCCCUCCAAGAUACGCACUAGAAGAGUGAAACAGUUUCCCCUGAUAUGUAAAUCAUAAAAGGACUUCCUGUUUCCUGUAGAUUCUCAGUAGGAGACGGGCACAUAGACCAUGAUCCAGCACAAACCCUACCUCAACAGUCAUUC